AUGUUCCGCACAUCUGGUGAGAAGUACUUGCAAGUGAUAAAUCUGUCUAAGGUCUACAGUAUGAUUUACUUGAGAAACAUAUUUUAUUGGUACAGGAUAGGUUAUUAUUUUUAUUAUUUAUAUAGCGCCAGCAAAUUACGUAACACUGAACAAUAGGUUGAAUGUAUUACUUGUCUGUGCCUCUCCCCCUUCCCCUCCCCCUUCCUUUUCUGAAUGUACUGCUUGUCUAUGCCACUCCCCCUUCCUUUUCCUGUCCCAGCAGGACUUUGUCCCUCCUCCAUCCACCAUCAGCUUCUUGAGAUUGAAUCCUAUGUUGUAUUGUGUUGGAGACCUCAUGUAGGGGUCUGUGCCUGUAAACCAUGUGUGACAAAAUAAACGGCAGUAUAUUUUCAGUUGACUUCCAGAACUGUGUGUUGUCCAGUUACUGGGUGGAAAUGGAUGCCUGCUUGUUUUAAGGGUUCCAGAGUGGCCGAAGGAAGGUAAUAGUGGAGGUAACCAGUUGGGUUACCCGGGUCUGCUACAAUUGGUGGCAAGCGGUGGGAUGGCACUUCCCAGCCGAACGGAACCAGCAUUCAUUAAUCAAACAAGCAUGGCGCCCAGCUACAGUAAGGCAGAGUUUGACAAUCUGCUGACGAGGCUGCUGGCUUUCUAUGAACCCAACCCCGCUGAAGAAUACGUACAGCACACAAGGAAUAUCGUGGCCAGGCAUCUGCAGCACAAAGCAGAGUUAUUGGGAGUGAAGACAACCGGUCUCACUCCAGCGGCUGUGUGCAGUCCAGGGAGAGAAGUGUUCCGUCCUUCUUCUGCAGCGGCAGUGUGAGGUCCAGGGAACAGAGACACCCAGUCUUGUUCAUCAGCAGCAGUGUCUGGUGACAGUAUGAUUUACUUGAGAAACAUAGCGAUAUGGGUAUUGAUCAACGCCCAUGUUGCUAUGUUUCUCAAAUAAAUCAUACUGUCACCAGAUGUGUGGAACAUUUUGCUGUGGUUUAUAUAUUUGUUUUGAUUUUUUCUCCUCUUUUCUCCAAGUGGCUUGAAGGGAUGCAAUAAGUAAAACCAUGCAAUAAUGCAUCACCACUAAACCAGACACUGCUGAUCGUAACAAUUUAAAGGGAUGACUUUGAACACAAAGGGAAUCUGGGGAAAAUAUACGAAUAAGUGACGGUGUCCCGUCACACAUCUUCCCCUUGUCCACCUCCGACAGCCACAGCAUGAUCCAUGGGUCAGCUCGCUGCUGUCUGGAGUGGACACAUAGUCUGUGAGUGCCAUGCCCGCACAGUACUUGUCCUCAGCCAGCCCCACCAGUCCAGGGGUCUGGCCGGCGUUGCAGCCUGCACUCUUUUGGGUACUGGGUAACUUAAACAUAAAGCACCCAUAGACUGGGAAGCCGUCCAGGCCAGGCUCCAGUACACAUGAGUCUCUGAGCCUGUAAAACCCCCCACCCAAACAAGCGUGCCUCCCCGGCCAUUCCAUCACCUGUGUUCCUGCCGUUUUCCCGGCUGGUUGAGGAUGAUGGGUGUCAUUUGGGGCGUCUGUCACGGGUCCGCUUCCUGUUCCUCGCAGGGGUCGUGUCUGGCGCCUGGGGAGGAGAGCCAACUGUGUUCUCCCCUGGCGCUGCUCGGGAUACUGGAGAGUGAGCGAGAAAUACUCCAUCGCCCCCUGGAUCUCAAUGCGCUGCUGGGGAGAGAGACCGACUGUCCCUUCUCCCAAUAACACACUCUGCCGCUGGGAAGAGCAACUGACUGUCCCUUCUCCCAAUAACAUACUCUGUCGCUGGGGAAUGAGACCGGUUGUCUCCAUUCCCUGGACCUCACACUGCCGCUGGGGAGGAAGGACAGAACACUUCUCUCCCUGGGAUGCAUUCUGCUGCUGGGGAACAAACCGGCUAUCUCUGUUCCCUGGACCUCACGCUGCUGCUAGGGAGGAAGGAUGGAACACUUCUUUCCCUGGACGCAGAGAAUGGAUCCUAGAAAAGCAAAAAAGUGGAUGCCAGUAAUGAAUUAUACUUUGCUUCUUCUGGCAUGGAAGCGUUUGGGGCCUGUAGUAGCUAGAUGAGUGAUAUACUAGGGCAAAGUUGUGUUUCCGUUUACUGUAGUAAAUUGAUCCUCUAAUUGAGUCCAGUGUAUGUCGAUAGCGCUGCGAUGUAUAUUAAAUGAGAAUAUUGAAUCCCAGAUUGAAUCUGGGUUGAGAUAGUUUGUUUAGUUAUUCGCGGACAUUGAAAAGCUGAUUUAAAUUUGUUUUCAUCUGAUCUUGAGAGUAAUGUUGGUAAGGCUUGCAAUGGGUAUAGUAGUUUCACCUCUCCCCAAUUGUUACCAUCCAGCGGUGCAAUGAGAGACCACAGGUCCCCGGUGCAAAAAUUGCCCUUGGCCCUCCGCUCCUUUGCAUGUUCUCCCCCCCCCCCACACCUUCAUCUGUUUAAUAAAACCUAUACAGGUACAUACACGGAUACUCAUGCUGAUACACAGACAAACACAAUGAUACUCAUUCAGGUACACAGAAUGACACUUUUACAGAUACAAACACUGACACAGAUACACAGACACACACUAACACAAAUGUGGAUACACAGACACACAUACAGACAGAUACACAUAUAGACACACAUGCAGAUACUCAGACACACUUAAUGACAAACAUUCAGAUACACAGAAUGACACUCAUACAGAUAUAAACAGUGACGCACAUACAGAUACAUAGGGGCACACACUGACACACAUGCAGUUAAACAGAUACACAUAUAAACACACGUGCAGAUAAACAGAUACACAUACAGACAUACUGAUACACAUACAAACACGCAUACAGAUACAAACAGUGACAUGCAUACAGACAAGCAUACAGACACACAUGCAGACACACACACAUACAGACACACACACAGAUACAGAUACAUGCUGAUACACAUGCAAACAGAUACCCAUACAGACACACAUGCAGACAGAUACACAGACAAAAAUAUACACGUACAGACACACAUGCAGACAAACAGAUACACAGACAAAGACAUACACGUACAGACACACAUGCAGACAAACAGAUACACACACAGACAACAAGAUACCCAUACAGACACACAGAUAUACAUACAGACACACAUGCAAACACACACACAGAUACACAUAUAGACACACAUACAGACACACACACACACACACACACACAGAUAUACAGAAUUUCAGACACACACACACACAUGCAAGCUGUAAAAUAAUUGUAGUCACCCUCCUGUGUCCUACCUUUUAGGUGCAGGAAGGUGACUUUCUUGGGGUCCAGUGGUUGACUCAGACUGAUGGGAGUCAGAGCUCCCACUCUGACCCCACUUUCUCAGGCGCUCUCCUCCUGCGCGGCUCUGUUAGCUAGGAGGAAGUGAUGGUUUCCUCCCAGCGCUCUCACAUCAUCACUGGGGCUUGGUUGCGCUCUUAACCGCUUAAGGACCAGACCUCUGGAAUAAAAGGGAAUCGUGACAUGUCACACAUGUCAUGUGUCCUUAAGGGGUUAAAGCUCCUCAGAGCCUACCGAGCCCCUCAGAGUAUUGGCCACCCGAUGGGCCCCCUUAAUGCGGCUCCGGCGGUAGCUCUGAGCGGCUAGGGCCGCCCCACAAUGCCGGUGGGCACCCAGGUUGCAGGGGCCUACAGGGGGGCCAGGCCCCGUGGAGUGACAGACCUUGAGUGACAUUUGCUUCGGUAUCAAUACCCCUAGGUAAGUUUGUGGUUGUGCAUUUAAGAGUUCUCCGUGUUUGGGCCUUCGCCUAAUCUCAAUUUCGAUUGGGACUAAUUAAUGUGGAAACCUGUUAUUAAUCAAUAUCUUUCAAAAACAACAAUCGUGUUAUUAAGGGAGCUUGCAGGAUCUGAGAUAUAAAACUAAAGGUUAUCUGCAAAACCAGUAUGUUUAAUAGUGUUGAGGACCUAACUGUAUUCCUUUAUUGUCCUCAGAAGCUUAGCUAAAACUUAUGAGUAGGUCUAAAGCUAAGUUAAAGAGAAUAGGUGAUAACAGGCAUCUCUGCUUCACCCCCUCGUGAUAAUGAGAUUUUCUGUAUCUAGAACAUUGGUAUUUACUUUUUGUAAAUUUUUGGUCUACAAGGCUUUCAUGAGAUUAUAAAAUGGGAUUCCAAAAAAGUUAUAUUUUAAGAUUCUGAAGAGAUGGGGCAAAAAUACUUGAUCAAAGGCUAAACUGAGUAAGAAUGCUUAAGUAUUGUUGGAACUUUUGUCAUAUAUCGACGCUGCGGCUAAUGCCGUUCUGUCGGUUCUGAUUCCUUGAAUGGUUUGUCUACCUCUUGUGAAUCUCAAAUGUUGGGGAUGUAAAAUGGAGGACAAAAACUGUUGAAUUCUACUAGCUAAUAUCCUAGUGAAAAGUUUGAAGUCAUUCUACUCUUACCUUUUGUGUCACUAUACCCCACUACUCCCUCUAGCAUGCAAGCUCAUUGAGCAGGGCCCUCAAUCCCUCUGUUCUUGUGUGUCCAACCCGUCUGAUUACAAAUACGUAUGUUAGUCCACCCAUUGUACAGAGCUGCGGAAUAUGUUGGCGCUUUAUAAAUAUUAAUAAUAAUAAUUGUUUAACAGUGUAAUCAGUCUUCUUGAAUUUAACAAUGCUGGGUCUUUGUCAGGAUUUGUUCAGGUUUGUUCUGGAGGUCCUCAGAUGUUCUACCUGUAUUCUAUCUAUGUAUAUAUAACAUUGAACACUGAUGUUAGGGUUUUUGUAAUGUGUGCUUUCAAGAUCUUGUAAUAAUCAGCUCUAAAUCCAUCUGGUCCUGGUGCCUUACUUGCCUUCCCAUUUUUAUCACCUGUGCUACUUCCUCCUCUCUAAUAGGAGCAUUUAGAAUCUAUCUUUGUUUAUUUGUUAACCUAGGUAGGUUUGCUCCCUUGAUUAGAUCAAUUCCCCUUGUAAGAUAAUUUGAUUGUGAUAAAAAUGUGUCUGGAAAAGAUUAGUUUAUUUCCCCUGGGUCUGCGGUGGAAGUCCUGUCAUUUUUAACAAUACUGCUUAUGCAGUGUCUACCUGGUUUGGGUUGUGCGAUGUGCAUGAUUCAUUUGCUCAUUUGCCCCUUUUUUUCCUAGUAAUUUUCAGUUGUGUUUUUGCCUUUUCCAAUAAGAAGUGUCCAAGCAAUAUGUUUGCCUUAAAGUAGCUUUGUUUUUUGUUUUUUGUGUGUUAUCAGUUGGCACAGCGACGUAUGCUAGAUGAGUAUUCACCAAAUCUCUACUGGGUUUAGUAUUGUUAAGUCUAUUGUUUUAUAUAAUUAGAAACCUGUGCUUUGAUUUGGCACAGGUUCCUACCAACAUGCUUUUAAAUGAGUCCUGUGUCGUUAAGUAUUUUGGGAAUCUCUAUUGCGGGGGGUGAAUUGGAGGGGUGGACCUAUGAUUAGGAUCCAUUCAACUGGGGUAUGUUUUAAAAUCACAAUGUUAUGUAUAGCAGCCUGUGUACCAGAUGAAAAAUAAAGCCAUAGAUGUGAGUGGGUAGCUGGUGUCUGAGUAGGCACCUCAUUUGCAGCAGGUCAUAACAGCAAAACGGUGCUCUACUAAGUACUAGAGAUGCUUGCUAUGAAUGGGUUGAAUAUUCUUUAGACUAGAUAAGUCAUUAGAAGUUACAUUUUCAAUUGAAUUUGGGGAAACCACUUGAAGCAUAUGUUGUGUUGAGCUACUUCAAUUGCUUUUGUUUGAUCUGUUCAUUGCAAACAGCUGAAAGUCUGUAAAUAUUAACAAUAAACAUGAUUUUCAAUGGCGGUUGAAUAAUUUUAAUUACAACUGUAUAUCUGUUGACCAGAGUGUAGCAAACAGAAGAUACAUUGCCAAGGAUUUUUGGCUACACAAGGGAUGAUGCAUUUUGCCUUCUCCCUUCUCCCCCCAUAAAUACGUCUUCAUCUGUGUGAUUCGUAGCCCCUCUUUUAAAUAUAGAAAUAUAGAAUGUUACGACAGAUAACAAUCAUUUGGCUCAUCUAGUCUGCCCAAAUUUCCAAAAUACUUUCAUUUGUCUCUGGCCUUAUCUUAAGUCUAGGGUAGCCUUAUGCCUAUCCCACGCUUAAACUUCCUCACUGUCUUAACCUCUACCACUUUAGCUGGAAGGCUAUUCCAUACGUCCACUACCCUCUCAGUAAAGUAAUACUUCCUAAAAUUAUUUUUAAACCUUUGCCCCUCUAAUUUAAGACUAUGUCCUCUUGUUGUGGUAGUUUUUCUUCUUUUAAAUAUAGUCUCCUCCUUUACUGUGUUGAUUCCCUUUAUGUAUUUAAAUGUUUCUAUCAUAUCCCCCCUGUCUCGUCUUUCCUCCAAGCUAUACAUGUUAAGAUCCUUUAACCUUUCCUGGUAAGUUUUAUCCCGCAAUCCAUGAACCAGUUUAGUAGCCCUUCUCUGAACUCUCUCUAAGGUAUCAAUAUCCUUCUGAAGAUACGGUCUCCAGUACUGCGUACAAUACUCCAAGUGAGGUCUUACCAGUGUUCUGUACAAUGGCAUGAGCACUUCCCUCUUUCUACUGCUAAUACCUCUUCCUAUACAACCAAGCAUUUUGCUGGUAUUUCCUGCUGCUCUAUUACAUUGUCUGCCUACCUUUAAGUCAUCUAAAAUUAUUACCCCUAAAUCCCUUUCCUCAUAUGUUAAGGUUAGGACUCUAUUAGAUAUUCUUUACUCUGCCCUUAGGUUUUUACGUUCAAGAUGCAUUAUCUUGCACUUAUCCACAUUAAAUGUCAGUUGCCACAGCUCUGACCAUUUUUCUAGUUUACCUAAAUCAUUUGCCAUUUGGCUUAUCUCUCCUGGAACAUCAACCCUGCUACAUAUUUUUGUAUCAUGAGCAAAAAGACAUACCUUACCAUCAAGACCUUCUGCAAUAUCACUAAUAGAAACAUUAAAGAGAAUGGGUCCAAGUACAGAUCCCUGAGGUACCCCACUGGUGACAAGCCCAUGCUUCAAAUAUAUUCCAUUAACUACAACCCUCUGUUGCCUGACACUCGGCCACUGCCUAACCAAUUCAACAAUAUUAGAAUCCAAAGUUAAUAAUUGUAGUUUAUUGAUGAGCUGUCUAUGUGCAACAGUGUCAAAAGCCUUGCUGAAAAUUAAGGUAAGCAAUGCACCUGAUCUAUUAUUUUAGUUACCCAAUCAAAAAAAAUCAAUAAGAUAAGUUUAGCAUGAUCUCCCUGAAGUAAACCCAUGUUGUCUCUGAUCUUGAAAUCCAUGUGAUUUUAGAUGUUCAGCAAUCCUUUCCUUUAACAUGGUUUCCGUCACUUUUCCCACUACUGAAGUAAGGUUUACUGGCCUAUAGUUGUUCCGCGUCCCCCCUACUACCUUUCUUGUGAAUGGACACAACAUUAGCCAAUUUCCAAUAUUUUGGGACUACUUCCGUUAAAAUUGAUUGAUUAAAUAAAUCCGUUAAUAGUUUUGCUAGUACACCACUAAGCUCUUUUCAUAAUUUUGGGUGUAUUCUAUCAUGCCCCAUCGACUUAUUUGUCUUUACUUUUGACAGUUCAAAUAGAACCUCUUCCUCUUUAAAUUCACAUGUAACAAAUUACUCAAUUGUCCUUGUUCCUAACUGAGGUCCUGUUCCUUCAUGUUUAUCUGUAAAUACUGAGCAAAAAUAUUAAUUGAGGCUGUCAGCUAGACCUUUAUCCUCUUCUACAUACCUAGCUUCUCUUGUUUUUACUCUAACUAAUCCUUAUUUUACUUUCUUUUUCUCAUUUAUGUAUCAAAGAAAUGUUUUGUCCCCCUUUUUUACUGACUGAGCUUUUUUCUGUUUUGUGUGUGAUUUAGAAGCUCUUAUAACUUGCUUAGCCACUUUUUGCCUAAUCUUACAGAUCUAUCUAUCUUCCUCACUCUGUUUUUUUUUAUAAUUAUUAAAUGCUAACUUUUUUUUUUGUACUAUUUUGGCCACUUCUGUGGAGUACCACAGUGGUUUCUUUGAUUUUUUUGCUCUUACUAACAAGCCUAAUGCAGUUUUCUAUUGCCUUCAGUCGGUCAACUUUUAAAUAAUCCCAAUUCUCUUUAACUCUAUUUUAAUGACUCCUUUACACACAUUCUAAUUUUAGAAAAGUCUGUUUUUCUAAAGUCUAAAACUUUUACUUUAGUGUGGUGUGACUCAGUCACUGUUCUUAUAUUAAACCACAGACUGGUGAUCACUGGAUCCUACACUUUCACCUACAGUAAUAUCUGAAACCAAAUCUCCAUUUUUAUUACGAAGUCUAAUAUGGCUUCUUUACGAGUUGGCUCCUUAACGACUUAUUUUAGACAUAGUCCUAGUAUGGAGUUUAGAAUAUGUGUGCACAUCCUCAGAAGGAGCAGGCUGACUUCACUGCUUCACAGGCACUUCACUACUGUGUGCUGACUACACGGAGAGUAAGGUAGGUUUCAGUUAUUACAUGUGCCUGCCUGUGCCUGCUAGGGUAACAUCUAGUGUGAGAUACCUGCCCUCCGAGGUCUGGGAUAUAUUUAUGAACUAUUGGAGUGAGUCUAUCCACCCCCUUCCAUCUCUUUCUCCUCCUUUGAAACUCACUCAGUUCGUCUGUUCAAAGCCAUCUCUGUAAACAUAGUCAUUAUUUAUCACCCCCUUGGUUUCCUUUUUCUCUUCCUUUAACAUUCCUAUUAACCCACCCUUGACCUUGUUAACCUCCAAACUUCUUUCUAUUACCUCCUCCCUUAGGCUAUCACAGUGAGCUAAUUCUUCCAAACAUGUAGAUGGCAAUACCCUCAAUCUUAUUUGUUUCUGAUGCAUGCGUGGUCUCUAACCUCUGUAACACAACAUUUCCUCUCUCAGAUCGCCACCUCUUUUAAUUUGUUCUUGAAAGACUUUAUCACCCAACAACCUCAGCCUAACCCCCGCUUAACUCAGAUGGAACGUGAAUUCUCUUGACCUCCAGGAACUCUCAUCCAUCCCUGCCUUUCCUGUCCUCUCUGACCAUCCCGCCGCAACCCCACUCCAAACAGGCACCUCAAGGAAGAUGUGCCUCCAACCAUGGCAUACUAAGUUAACCCGCUGCUUCCUGUUCAGCUGAAUGCUGCUGAACAAAGUCUCGCACCUUGUCGAACUUUCUCCAUUAUAAAUCCAUCUUGCAUUCAUACAGCACUGCCCUCACCCUAGCUAUAAUCAUACUGUUCCUCUUUCAUUAGUUUAUGCUCCCGAAAUCACAGGCCUCUCUUUGAUACCUUCAACUCUACCCGUUGCCCGGGUACAUUUGGAUUGGGGAGUGGGCGCUAGACAUGUGAAUGUGGGGAUCAUGAGGGACUUACCAGCUGAUGUCCUCCUUGGAAAUGAUUUGGCCCCCCUUGUUUCAGCCUACGCUCCCAUGGGUCCCACUGAAGUGGACGCAGUCACGACCCGUGCCCAGACCCGUGCCGCCGAGACCGGCCCACCUGCUGCUGAGACCCAGGUAAGACUCUCUACCCCGACUUGUACCUUAGACCAGGCCCCUUUAGGCUGGGAUACCCCAGAGAUGUACGGGAGGGAAACGCGGGAGGACCCGACUCUAGAGAUUUAUUGAGCCAGGGCAGAUACUGGGGGAGAGGAGGUUGAUGGGGAGCGUUACGAGUGGGUGGGGGAUAGGCUGUACAGGAUCCCUAAACCGUCCCAGAGACCGAGUACUCCUCCGCAGAAUCGGCAGCUGGUGGUGCCUGCGAAAUACCGGCAAGAGAUUUUGCGGAUCGGGCAUGAUGUGCCAUUAGCGGGCCAUCUGGGCUCCCGCCGCACAGCACAUAGGAUCACCCAAAACUUCUUCUGUCCUAAUUUCAACCGAGAUGUGCGGGUCUAUUGUAGCACGUGUGACACAUGUCAACGGGAAGUUAAACGGGGGGAUCACCCAAAGGCUAGGCUCAUAUCGAUGCCUAUCAUUGGAGAACCCUUUUCCCGCAUAGCCGUUGACAUUGUGGGUCCACUGGCCAGGGCUAGCCCAUCCAGUCAGAAGUAUAUUCUCACCGUGGUGGACUAUGCCACAUGUUAUCCAGAGGCAGUAGCGCUGUCUAAUAUAGAGGCAGAGACGGUUGCUGAUGCCCUGGUUAAAAUUUUCACUAGGGUCGGGUUCCCUCAGGAGAUCCUCUCCGACCAGGGAACUCAGUUUACCACUGUGCUCACCCAGCAGCUGUGGAAGGUGUGCGGCAUUAAACCGCUGCUUAGCUCACCUUACCACCCACAGACUAACGGUCUCUGCGAGUGAUUUAAUGGCACCCUCAAACAGAUGUUGAGGACCUUUACUGACACUUGCAGAGACUGGGAGCGAUUCCUGCCUCAUCUGCUUUGCAUACAGAGAGGUGCCCCAGGAAUCUACUGGGUUAUCUCCCUUUGAGCUACUCUAUGGGAGAAGGGUCCGCGGACCCCUAGAUCUCAUUAGAGGACACUGGGAGGGAGAGACAGAGCAGGAGGGAACCCCCAUUGUGCCAUAUGUUCUGGAAAUCCGGGACCGCAUGGAGAAACUAUCCCUGAUGGUAAGGGAGAAUCUCCAGGCGGCCCAGGGGAGACAGAAGAGGUGGUACGAUCGGGGUGCCCGACAGCGGGUCUUUCAGGUUGGGCAAAAGGUUCUAGUGCUCAAGCCUGUGAAGACGAACAAGAUGCAAGCAUCUUGGCAGGGCACGUAUAAAGUGUUAGCUCAGGUAUGUAAUACUACCUAUCUUAUAGCCAGCUGUGUAGAUGAAAGGAUUCAGCGAUCCUUUCAUGUGAACAUGCUGAAGGAGUAUCAGGAGAGACCAGAGGAUGUCGCUGCAGUAUGUGCCCCGGCUGCCGACGACCCCGAGAAUUUACCCUUGCCCGACCUAUUAGAGAAAGACCCCCAGACUGACCUCACUAGUCUUGUACAGCUAGGGCACCGGUUAAGCCCCACGGAGAUGGUACAGGCAAGACAGCUUCUGUGGGAGAAGCAGGCGACGUUCUCCCAAGAACCCGGCUACACUACCCUAGCUGUACACAAGGUAGAGACACCCAGACAGAGUCCCCUACGACAGCCCCCUAUCAUAUCCCUGAAGCAGUCCGGGAAGGAAUGCGGAAGGAGAUACAGGAGAUGACCAAGUUUGGCGUCAUCGAACACUCAGACAGCCCUUGGGCCUCACCUGUAGUCCAAGUGCAGGCCUUCCUGGGAACAGCAGGGUAUUACCGAUGCUUUGUCCCCGACUACAGCACCGUUGCUAAAUCCUUGACUGACCUGACUAAAAAGAACUUACCUAAGCAGGUCCUGUGGUCUCCAGCUUGUGAAGCCGCGUUUCAGGCACUGAAGCAGGCUUUUGUGAAUGCCCCUGUCCUGGCUGCCCCAGUCCCUAACAAACGAUUUCUCGUCCAUACAGAUGCUUCCAUGUAUGGAUUGGGGGCUGUGCUGAGCCAGGUCGGGGAAGAUGGAGGAGAACACCCUGUCGCAUAGCUCAGCAGAAAGCUACUACCCCGGGAAGUGAGUUAUGCGGCAGUGGAGAAGGAGUGUUUAGCCCUGGUCUGGGCAUUAAAGAAAUUGAGCCCUUAUUUGUACGGGCAGGAGUUCUUGCUCAUCACAGACCACAAUCGGGUCUCAGGAGACAAUGGUAGACUGCUGAGGUGGAGUUUAGCUUUACAACCUUACAACUUCACCAUCAGCUACCGACCCGGUAAGCAGAAUGGGAAUGCGGAUGGAUUGUCCCGGCAAACCGACGUCCCUAUUUCCUCCUAGUCCGGUCAUCCCCACGUUGACCCGCCACAGGGUCAAGCCGGGUCUGCCGGAGUGUUCCACAAGGGGGGGUCGUGUGACAGAUCCAUCUGUAUAAACUGGGAUUGCUGGUUCGUCUGUUUUGCCUUUUUCGUGGAAUUACCCGUUCGUAUGCCCCUGUUCAGUGAAUUGACUUUUCCACCGAACAAAACUACCGAACGGACGGCUUAAAGGUUUAAACACACGAAUGGACUUACCCCACAAAGCCUUCCCAUGGAGUCAAUCGCAUACCGAAAGACUGUAAUAGACUUUGACUCCAUGGCGAUUAAACUAUGCGUAUGGGAUCUGAGCACUAUUCGCCAAUAAUAUGCACUCAGAUCCAGGCUACCUGGGGAUACGUGAUAUGAAUGGGUAGCAUUCGACAAAUGCAAAGUUAUAUAUUUUUAUAUGUUUUUCUGUGUUGAAUUUAAAAUGGCGAUUUGCCUCUGUCCUGGAGAUAAUUGAAUUACUUCUCAAUUAUCUCCAGGGCAGAGGGGAGGGAAUACUAAUGCAUUGUGGGAAUGUUCUGUGUCUGUGGGUCCUGACCUGCCAUAUGUCUGUCUUUUAUUACAGUCUCCAAUUUGGUCCCCUAGGGGAGUGUCCACCAAGUGGGAGACCUGCAUAAAUACGGGCAGGUAGCCCACAGUAAAGCCAGUUCUUGUUUUACCCUCAAUGCGGAGCUUGGUCUCGUUAUUGGGGGGAUUUAUUACCAAUGACUAGAGACUGCUGGAUGGAAUUAUUAGCCGCUUGGGAGAUAUAUGUGUUCGGCUGCUAUUGGCGAUUCGUGAGUUUGGAGCUCAUGGAGUGAAGUGGCCGUACGGAUCCCGUUCGUGAGUUUGCAGUGUUCCCUUGCUUGCGGUUCGCAUGAUUGUACUGGAUACGCAUGCAGCCUAUGCUAUUGCGAGAGGGGAGGGUUCACUAAACGGCGGUUUGUGCAUUUUAUGCUGAGGGUACCGUAACAGAAGCCACCCCCUAAACAAAACUUUUAGCCAAUAGUUUUGCAUGCUACUUUACCAGAGAGACUUGGCCUCUCUUCACCUUCCCCCGAGUGGCCAAGUUGCAUCCGUUGCUCCCACUUGUUCUCCAACCCGCCAACAUUGACUUUUUAAAAUAAUUGUUUAAUCUUACUAGUAUAGGUUUCUACUGCUAUAUCUAGCCAUAUAGCUUUUCGGCAGAAAUGAAGUUGUCUCCUGUGCACUGAGGCAAAACUACACAUUUAAAACCUUGACAUCCAAGAGAUAUUUUUUAUCACAUAUGGUAGAUGUUUAACAUUUCUUCUUUUUUAUUAAACAUUUAAUUAGUUGAAUCAGAUAUAGCAGAAAUAUUAACAUCACAUUAUCAUAGAAUAUAUUUUUGUGAUUAAAUAAGAAAAAAUGAAAGAACAAGAAACCACAAAGAUAGCGUGUAGGCCCAAAGUAAAAUAUAUGAGAAGGUAGCACACAAAAGACCUUUAAAGCACUUUAGCUUGCUGAAAUACUUUAUGUGAAGGGUGCAACCUCUUUUUUUAUAUUUUACAAAAAGUGCAGAUUUUUUUUUAGAAAUUGUCACAUUUAGAAAUGAAUCUUCAUACACCAAGAAUGUCAAACUUGCGGCCCAUGGGCUGCAUGCUGCCCACAGUGAAUAUAUAUGCGGCCGUCUUCCCUGGGGCUGCUUUCUUCUCUGACUGCGACCAGCCGCAAGAUAGGUGCCCUGCCACGGCUGAUUGUGUGCUGCAAGACCACUAAGCAUUAGUCCAUGCUGGCUGCAUGGCGCUACAGUGCACAGAGUGUGUGUCUGUCUGCAGAGCAGGCCAGUCACUCCCCAGUCCCUCAUGCUCGCAGUGCCAGAGGAGCAUCAGGCCUGCUUGAGCAGAGAAGAGCAGGGCUGGAACUGGAGGAUGGGUGGCUCAUCUUAAGGUAGGAGAAGAAGGGUUUAGGGGACCUUCCUGUGAAGUGUGUUGAAUAGGGGAUGGGCGUACAGUGUAUUAAAUUGGGGGAGGGAAGAGGCAGUAUAUUAAUUUGAAGGAUGGAGGGUGGCAGUGUAUUAGAGUGAUGUGUUAGAUUAGAGGGAGGACAGUGUAUUAAAUUGAGGUAGGGGCAGUGUGUUAAAUUUGGGGGAAAGAGGGAAGUGUAUUAAAUUAGAGUGGUGGUAGUGGGGGGAGUGAAUUAGAUUAAGGGGCAGUAUAUUAGAUUGGGGUAGGGGCAGUGUAUUAGAGCGGGUGGAAGGGCAGUGUAUUAAAUUGGGGGGAAAAAGGGGGCAGUGUAUUAAAUUGGGGGAGGGAGGGCAGUGUAUUAAAUUAGAAUGGGGAGAGUGGGGCAGCAUUAAAUUUAGGGGUAGUGUGCUAGAGUGGGGUAGGGGGCAGUGUAUUAGAGUGGAGUGAGGGAGGAGAGGAGUGUAUUAGAGUGCGGGCAUGGGGCAGUGUAUAAGAGUGGAGGGUCGGGGGCAGUGUAUUGGAUUUGGGGGAGUGUAUUAGAAGUGGGGCAGUGUACUAGAAUCGGGGGAGUGAGCCGUGUAUUAGAUUGGAUCUGCAUGGAGGCGCUGAACACUCCCAUGGAGAUAGUGAUUGGUUGUGCAGCGUUUUGCAUACAUGCACGAUAGCCUCCCAAUGCUUUCCUAUGGGCUGAUAUCAUCAAGUUUGAUUAUCUCAACCAAAGUGAAGAACACACUUACAGGACUUCAAAAUUAACAAUAUAACGCCAUUUGUUUUUUACCGCUGUGCAUACAGCAUACAUUCACCAUUUCAGUCCCAUUACCAAACUUUUCUUAAUACGUCAAGGUAGUUGGGCUGAAACAUUAGUUAUAUGCAAAUGCACAUCUCCUUAAAAUAAAUUACCUCUUUUGUUUACUUUGAAGCCCUAUGAGCGUGAGGACGUACAGUGUCAGUGAGGCGACUUGUUUUUAUACUGUACUUUUCUAAAUAAAUCUACGUUUCUAUGAAACUGACGUUUUUGUUUUUUUUGAGACCCAGAUAAACUUAAACCUUGUUUAUUUGCCCGUCUUAACCUUUGAGUUUACCAUGCUUGUCUUACACAUUCCCUGGCUGUCAAUCUAACAACCAGUUCUGUUACUUUCUGUUACUCUCAUUGGAGCUAAACUCAAGAGGCAGGCUAUUGUCCAGAGAAACUUUCUUGCAAUUACUACUCAUUGAGCUCUAUUGGGAAGUCUGUGUUUGGAUAGCUACAAAGAGUCUGGACUUGGUUAAAAGAGGAGGACUUGUAAAGGCUGCAAUCGAGAGAUCUGCAGCUUUUGCAAACUACUUUUGGAUAUACCCCAAUGGAAAAAAAUGCAUAGUUAAUGCUUUCAUUUGGAUAUAUGUAUACUAAACAGUGAUAUCUAUUGUUUUUCUUUGGGCGGUGGACUGUCCCUUUAAGCUUGUUCAAAAGUGAAUGAGAAUUGGAUUGCCGAAAGGUCAGAACAACAAACUAUAAAUUGGUAAAGUAAGCCUAAACAGGAACAGACGUGAAUCAGAAAGAGAGAAAAAAGAAGAGAUAUGUUGUUACUCAGUCAAUUUAUCAAGGAAAGGGUAAGCAUCCCAAUAAAUGUUGCAUAAACCAUGGGGUCUUUUCUAAAAAGGAUUUAAUGCUCUGAUGGAGAGAGUGGUCCAGUGCUUGGAUAUAAUGUUUCCAGCAUUGUAAGAAUGUUUAGCCUUCAAAUAUUUACUGGCUAACAUGUUGAUCAUUUAUUCUUUCAUUUAUUUUAGUUUUGUUCAAAAACAACUUUUCGCAUAAGUCAGAACAUUUUUCCCUAUAAUUACUCAUGUUAUCUAAACCUAUGAGCAGCAUUACAACUCGUUAAAAAAAAAAGUUGAUUUCAAAGACAGUGAAGAGAGAGCAUUAUCAGAACCAAUAGUAGAACCAAUAUAGCCUCGUGGUCUUCUGUGGCUUGCAAACACACUAAUAACCCACCAGUGUUCAGGGGUUUCUCAAAUCCAGCUGUAAAAUGUGGACUCUAAUCCCUAGAACAUGAUUAAAAUUAAUUUUUUUAAAUCAAUGAAAGUGUCUACGUUUCUGUACUCUUUCUCAAUUGGCUGCCACAUCUUCUAUGCUGUUGAUGUGCUCAAUUUAUUCAGUUUCCUCUCAGUGAAGUUGCUAUUUGGCAGGAGUGUCUGGGUGCCAUCUUAGUUGAUCUCCUGUUGACCAACUCUUUCCUACUCUGACCACUGUCCACUCAAGGAAGGUAUGUGUGGUGGCCAAUGAUUAGCUGAGAAUAUCAACAGAUACUCUCAUCCUAUCAGUGACCACCUGUGGAGAGUAAUAGUACAUGCUACUACUGUCAAUAGGAGACCAGUAAUAGAAUUAGAGUGUCAAACGACCGACUUCAUGGUUAAACCAUUCUAAAACAUUGUAAAUCCAGUACGACAGUAUGAUGGUGCCCAGAAUUUUCUUACCCCAUAACAACUUCUUUGAGAUGAUGUUGCUAUGAUGAGAUAAUUCCUUUACAAAAUUCUAAAAGGCUAUAAGUGUUGGUUAAUUAAACACAACAUCUCGCUCCACAAUUCGAAAGAACAUCGAAAAGGAAGAAUAGAUAGAAAUUGUUUUACGCAUAGCACUGAAGAAACUUCAGUCUGUUGCUGGCAAAUAAAAGGAAACAGAAAUCAACUUUUUUUUUUUUAUUAAAAUAACAUUCAGUUCUAUAUUUAGCUUACAAACAUUUUAUUGUUCUUUUUCUCUAACAUGUAUUUGUCGUAGAGAUAAGGGUCAAUAGAAAAUUGACCUCCUAGCCACCCUCUCUUCACCAACUAGUGGAUUGAUGUAGACCUACUUGUGCCAGAAUAGUUUGUUUACAUAAGUGCUACAGAGUGAUGGUAUUGUUAUUGGGAUGGGUUCUGGGUCAAGAGGGAUCGUACAUGCAGGUAUUGUGUUUUGUAGAGGGGAUAUGGUGGCAACUGGUUAUCUGUGUCCUAAAUACAUUCAGGUGUGUGCAUUUUUUAGUCACACAUCACACAUGUCAAUGUUUGGUAGCGCAAAAUAUUCAAACAUACAAAGCCUACAGUCACUUAAUGGUCAAAUGAUUGUUGAAUGGCCUAUUACAUUAUUUUUUCAUCUAUACUUUUGCUAGCAUUUUAGAUUGCACAAUGUAUAAAUAUCUAAGACAAUGUGUAAUCUUUUAAGGGUGCCUAAGACAUUGACAGAUGAUCCUAUUACGGUUGGAGCAUUUAAUAUUCUUGCAUUUGUAAUCAUUUUUAUUAAUCCAGCUUGAAGCCUGCACUUCAUUUGCAGCACACACUGUCCUCAGUCGGUGUGAGAAGUUUUAUUAAAUUGCUUCUUCUUGUUUUAUUAAAGAGCUGUCUUAUUGGCGCAUGAAUCCAAAGGAUCAACAUGAGAAUAUUGGACAGAAAUUGUAUCAACAGAUACAUCAACAGAUGUGAGGUAAGUCACAAUAUUGAAUGCUAUGAAUUUACCGUUGCUAUUUUUUAUGGUAAUGAUGCACAAUUUCACAUCAUUUAAGUGUUAUUCAAGUGACAGCUCACAUCUAGUCAGGACAAUUGUGUACAGUAGAUUCUCGUGAUUUUAUCUCUUGAAGAAUUAGCAAUGAAUAUUUCAGUACUCCCACACUAACGCAGAUUUACUGUCUGUAUGGGAUGGUUAUAUUUUAUUUCACCAAUUCCAAAAAAAUGUCAUCUGGGUAUAAAGUCUACAAGGGUUAAAAGAACUAGCCAUCGUUUCCACAGUGAGGCAAUAGCCAUAAAAUAAAAAAAAUAAAUAAAGACUCACUAUGGGAUCAGAGGAAAAAUUAACAACUAUCCAAAUAACUGUUCAAUUAAUAAAGAAAAUGCAUAGAAUAUUGAUUAAAAAUUAAAAUGUUUGCUUUGGGUCCUGUGUGUCAACUAAGCACUCCCAACAACCGAGGUAGAAAGCUUAAUACAAAGCUUUUCAGUCAUCCAACAGCUGCUGCGUUCUGGCACACUGUGACCAGACAUGCAGUUACAAUCAUAUUUACACACAUGGCACAUCCAGUAUCAGCGUGAUGCAUUUUUCAACAGAUGCAGCAUUUCAAAGCUUCCCUCUUGAUACUUGAUGAACAGUGUUACACAGACACUGGCCUAGAAUUUGUCGGCAAGAAUUGUCAAGGGAGCUCUUGGUCGUCUCUCAUUUGGAAACAAUUGCUUUAAUCAAAAGCAAGUGCUAAUUUGAAAAUGUGACUUUGCUUAAAUGCAUAGGUAAUGAGAGAUAAACUGGUUACCUAUAGACCAUUGUAAUGUGUAAUGAUUUAAGAAUGAUCCAAUUAACCGAUAGAACCGAGGCAGAUGUAAUACUUAUCAAAUGUAGGUCACAUUUACUCAGCUCACUGGUUGGAUCACCACGUUAGUUAUUGUAGCAAUCACAUUAUCAGUUUAGACCUUACCCUGGAAAUCUAAUGUUUCGUGCAUUCUCUGUCUGUCAGAUUAAAUCUUUUAAUACCCUUUAUUUACUCAAAAAAUUAAAUCAAGCGGGAAUUUUCAGGUAUAUUUAACGAGUACGCAAGCUGUCACAUACUUUACAUUUGCUAAGUAAAGACACAUAGAAAAAGCAUAACGUUCAGGAAUACCUUGUUUGAGCAUCUUCUAUGUUUCUCUAUUUAAAGAGAUUAUUAGGAUUAUUAAUAUUGUGUUUACUCAUCUCCAUAUUUAACAGGUAUGUAUUUGUGAGAAGUGAAAAAUACAAAAAUGUCAUAUAUAAAUACACAACACUUCAUUCUGCAAUUUGGUGAUUCUAUCUUAGCUCCCCGACAAUCGCUGAUAGAAACUCUGUCCUUUGCUCCUGGCAAUCAGCAUAAAGAAUCCAUAGAGAAAAAAGGAGAAAUUAAACAAUGAUUCUAUUAUAUCGUGUAAUUUGCUAUGUUUGCCCUGGCUUUAACUUGUCUGAACUAGAUUAUGAUGACAUUUAUUAAUUUUUUUAUAUAAAUGUAAGAGAAAGGACCUCAUAAAAAAAUGAUUAGCACAAGUUAAAGGUGAAUGUCGGUAAUUUAUUCAAUGAUAGACAAUCCAGAGAAGGGACAAUUGCCCUAUAGAUAAAUGAUUGUGAUAUUGUGAUAUAUCAUGAAGUGUUCUCUUACUUUCUGAUUCUACAACCACUCAACAAUGGAGAUUGUUGUUUACCCCAGAACUGUAUUUCAGCCAGUCUCAUUAAAUUAUGUCCAAUUUAGCAAUUUACUAAACCAUAUUUUGUACCUUUUAUCUAUUACAUUUAUGUAGAAUUUGUUGUCAUGGUAAAAAUGGAUUAGAACAAUCAUGGCAUCCGAAUUCCCAAUUUCUGUCAAUAGGAAACAUGCAGAUCCUAUAAAAAAGAAAAAAGCAUCACUCAAGAUAUUAUUUCUUUAUAUAUAUAUACCUACAGGUGUGUGUGUGUGUAUAUAUAUAUUUUUUUUUUUUUAUUUUUUUUUUAAACUACCAGCAUAAAACUCCUACGAUGUAGUUAGUUGUCAAAAAUUUUUUUUUGAAAAUAACGUUGACCUUAUUGGUAGGAAAUGCAGGUAAGUAUCCAUAGGUGGAAUUGUUGAACAUCUAAAAACACAUGUAUUUCAAGAUCAGAGACAACAUGGUUUACUUCAGGGAGAUCAUGCCAAACUAAUCUUGAUUUUUUUGAUUGGGUAACUACAAUAAUAGAUCAGGAUGGUGCAGUAGACAUUGCUUACCUAGAUUUCAGUAAGGCUUUUGACACUGUUGCACAUAGAAGGCUUAUCAAUAAAUUGCAAUUUUAAGUUUGGAUUCCAAUAUUGUUGAAUGGGUAAGGCAGUGGCUGAGUGACAGGCAACAGAGGGUUGUAGUUAAUGGAAUAUAUUCGAAGCUUGAGCUUGUCACCAGUGAGGUACCUCGGGUUCUGUACUUGGACCCAUUCUCUUUAAUAUUUUUAUUAGUGAUAUUGCAGAAGGUCUUGAUGGGAAGGUAUGUCUUUUUGCUGAUGAUACUAAGAUAUGUAACAGGGUUGAUGUUCCAGGAGGGAUAAGCCAAAUGGCAAAUGAUUUAGGUAAACUAGAAAAAUGGUCAGAGUUGUGGCAACUGACAUUUAAUGUGGAUAAGUGCAAGAUAAUGCAUCUUGGACGUAAAAACCCAAGGGCAGAGUACAGAAUAUUUUAUAGUCGUAACCUCAUCGUCUGAGGAAAGGGAUUUAGGGGUGAUUAUUUCUGAUGACUUAAAGGUAGGUAGACAAUGUAAUAGAGCAGCAGGAAAUGCUAGCAGAAUGAUUGGUUGUAUAGGGAGAGGUAUUAGCAGUAGAAAGAGGGAAGUGCUCAUGCCAUUGUACAGAACACUGGUGGAUCUAACUAGAUUCAAAAGAUUGAGGAUGCCAAUAUAUAUUUCAAUUUAAACGUGUUCUGAUGAGUAUUAACAAUCUAAAUUAUAUAGGUCAUCAAGCCCCUAGGUAACACAUAAAAAUACAAUAGUCAAUGGGAACUGAUGGAAUACACCCUAAGUUAUUAAAAGAGCUUAGUGGUGUACUAGCAAAACCAUUAACAGAUUUAUUUAACCAAUCAUUAACAGGAGUAGCCCCAGAAGAUUGGAAGUUAGCGAAUGUUGGGCCCAUUCAUAAGAAAGCUAGUAGGGAGGAGUCGGGCAACUAUAGGCCAGUAAGCCUUACUUCAGUAGUGGGGAAAGUAAUGGAAACCAUGUGAAAGGAUAGGAUUGUUGAACAUCUAAAAAACAUGGAUUUCAAGAUCAGAGACAACAUGGGUUUACUUCAGGGAGAUCAUGCCAAACUGAUCUUUGGUGAGACCUCACUUGGAGUAUUGUAUUACAAAGUUACAUAGUUACAUAGCUGAAAAGAGACUUGCGUCCGUCAAGUUCAGCCUUCCUCACAAAUGUUGUUGCUGUUGAUCCAAAAGAAGGCAAAAAACCUGGUCUGAAGCGCUUCCAAUUUUGCCACAAACUAGGAAAAAAAUCCUUCUUGACCCCAAAAUAGCAGUCAGAUGUCUCCUUGGAUCAAGCAGCUAUUACCCCACUAAUUAGAAAUUAUAUCCCUGUAUGUUAUGUUUUUGUAAGUAUUUAUCCAAUUUCAGUUUAAACAUCUGUAUGGACUCUGACAAAACCACCUCUUCAGGCAGAGAAUUCCAUAUCCUUAUUGUUCUUACUGUAAAAAAACCUUUUCUUUGCCUUAGAUGAAAUCUCCUUUCUUCCACCCUAAAUGUGUGACCUCGUGUCCUAUGUAUAGCCCUGUUUAUGAAUAGAUUUCCAGAUAAAGGUGUGUACUGGCCCCGAAUAUAUUUGUAUAAAGUUAUCAUAUGCCCUCCUAGGCGCCGUUUUUCCAAACUAAACAGAUUACAUUUUUUUAACAGUAUGCAGUACUGGAGAACGUAUUUUCAGAAGGAUAUUGAUACUUUAGAGAGAGUUCAGAGAAGGGCUACUAAACUGGUUCAUAGAUUGCAGGAUAAAACUUGCCAGCAAAGGUUAAAGGAUCUUAACAUGUAUAACUUGGAGGAAAGACGAGACAGGGGGGAUAUGAUAGAAACAUUUAAAUACAUAAAGGGAAUCAACACAGUAAAGGAGGAGACCAUAUUUAAAAGAAAAAAAACUACCACAACAAGAGGACAUAGUCUUAAAUUAGAGGGGCAAAGGUUUAAAAAUAAUAUCAGGAAGUAUUACUUUACUGAGAGGGUAGUGAAUGCAUGGAACAGCCUUCCAGCUGAAGUGGUAGAGGUUAAUACAGUGAAGGAGUAUAAGCAUGCGUGGGAAAGACAUAAGGCUAUCUUAGAUAUAAGAGACUAAUGAAAGUAUUUUAGAAAAUUGGGCAGACUAGAUGGGCCGAAUAGUUCUUUUUUGCCGUCACAUUCUAUGUAUCUAAGACCAGGUAUUGCUACAUCUCUUCCUUCCCCGACCACAGUACCACAACGCUCCCCUUCAAUAUAGGACCAAAAGAUGUCCAGUCAGAUGAUUGUCGGGGAAAAUAUGUACCCUCAUCUGUACCCAUCCUGCAGUGAGUUUCAAAGCCCCUGGACAUCGGGUGUAUUAAUAAUCUCAUCCACCAGCCUCAAACUAACAAUAUAAACUUUUCCUUAUCAGUAAUUAAUCAUAUAUUUUACUUCUGACCACAUGGGAGCUCGUAGUUCUGGAUUUUCAAGCCAUCAUGUUGGACUGUCAGGUUUAUCAUUAUUUGUUUAUCUUCUUUUUAUUUUUUUAAAUUCUUUAUUUUAUUUUUGUACAUGAUAGGAUACAAUACAGCCCCUGUGGCCACAACAGCCUUCCGGGUUCGAGUUUAACUUGCGACAACAUCUUCUUUUUAUUUUAAUGGCUGCUUUUUUGAUUUUCUUUGGAGGGUUUUAGUAAGUUGAUUUCCAUGGUGAACCCUCACCAAUAAAACUUACAUGAACUUUAUUAGUUAAUUGAUUAAAAUUUCAUGAUAGUCGAAUAUCACUUGAAAUUAGGAGCUGUCUCAUAGAUCAACAGAACAAUUUCAAUCUAUGAGACAGCUAAUAAUUUCAAGUGGUAUUCGACUAUCAUGAAAUUUUAUCAUGAUACAUUUCCUUUGUAUUUAAAUCUAUUGAUAGAAAGGUGAACUAUAAGACUCCGUUUGCAUGUGUUUACCCUUCACAAACCUUUAUUUAAGGGAAUACACCUAAUGACCAAGUAAUAGAGGUUAGUAUCAGUAAAAUCCUAGCCCACUAAACAAGAUUGCCUCAUAACACAUAAUCUUUCUGCCCUGAUACAUAAUAUGAAAAAAGUGACGUCCAGUUUCAGAUAACGGACCAAAGAUCCGUUUCGAUUCCGGAAGCGCCCCUAGUGGCUGUCUGGUAGACAGCCACUGAGGUCAGGCUUAGAGCUCCAAUGUAAACAUUGCAGUUCUCUGGAACUGCAAUGCUUAACAUUGCAGCACUAAGUGCAAUAGGGACACAGCACCCAGACCACUUCAAUUAUCUGAAGUGGUCUGGGUGCCUUUAAGCAUAUACAAUCCAAGAAAUAAAAAACAUAAAUAAUGGUGUAUGAAAAUUGUAUAAAGUAUACGUGUACUUUGUAAGGUGCUUUUUAUUAUAUUUUCUCCUAAAAAUAUACUUCCACUUACCCUGCCACACUCCCUCAUCAAACCAUAUCAUACUCCCUCUUCCUCAUUCUCUCUCACAAUCCCCCCACCCUGUCCCAUUUACCCCUUUGCUCGGUCACGCUCUCCCUGCUAUUGGUACCCCUAUACUCACCUUGUCACAGUCACCAGCUGAAGACAUUCAUCAUGCACACACAGUCAGGAAACAUAGCUUUUCCAUAAACACAAUGCACAAAGGCCACAGGCAGACCCCCACACACACAACACACUUCAAGCAGCUACCUUAUACACAUACGGUCCCAGACAAAAACGCGAACAUGCUCACAGAGACAUACAUUCACACAAGGAUACUCUCUGUCAGACCCACACUCUCAGGCACAUACACGGGUAGAUAGUGCUUUAAUGUAUAUAUGUGUGCAUGUAUUUAAACUCUAUGUUUAUCUUUGGCGUUAGUGGGGCCUCAUGUUUGAGUUUCGCCUAAGGCCUCAUAAAGUCUAGAGUCACCUCUGCCUACAUGUGCACACAAUUCUAGUUUGCAUUUAAUAAAUAUACAGACGUGGAAUAGACCUUGAAUAAAAAAAAUCCUAGUACAAUAGCACAGUCUGUAGUCUGUUUUAUGUGUUUCUGUUGAGUGUGGGUUCAAGUAAACGAGAUUUCAAUAAUUAAUAACCAAAAUUAGGUGAUACAUUUAAACAUCACAUGUUCUUUCAUAUGUUUACACAAGGGUUGACUGAUCGAUUGAAAUAAAUGUGGGCAUUUCUAAUAUCUUCUAUUUAAACACACAUUCAAAUGCAUAUUUUAUAUGUAAAUGUCCAGCUGUAUAAAUGCAACGAUACAGAUUGCAGAGUCUGUCAAUAAAGGCAUUUUAUUAUACGAUAAUGCCCACAUGAAAUAAAAUUACACAUAUAUAGGAAUGCAUUGCUCAUUUUCAAAAUCAACAAUUCUCACCUUGCCCAGACCAAUUCUACCUGGGACAAGGUCUACUUAGUUAGCAGUUCAGUUAAUGAUGGGAGAUGUUCAUCCAGUACACACGAUCCAGCUGGCAAACAAAGUCUUUCCAUCCGGACGAUAUUCUAGGUCAUUUGAAAAUGUAUUUUGCAGCUUUUUAGUUAUAUCAUGUCAUCGUCAUCCUCCUCCUGACUAAAGAAAAAGAAAGAAAAUAGUUAGUGGCAAACACUAAUCUUCUUCCUAGAUUGAAACUUAGAUCCUAAUAUAUGUCUUUUGCAUUACAAUAUGGACCACGGUAAAAGUCACAACCUCAGAUAAAAAGGAACUUUGUUCAUUUCUGUGUUUAAUUUCAUUUGUCAGGCAAAGCACAGACAAGCACAAAUUUGUUAAAUAUAGGAAAUUAGUAAACAUAAUAGUAAAACACCUGGGAGGUAACGGUUCCACUUUAAACGCUCAGGUCAGGGUCAGCACUAGUUGAGAUCUCUCUGUCUCUGGGUAACUGAGCGCUGGAAAUGCUACUGCUAGAGCCUUACCUGGCUUUGCUGGUAAAGAUGCCCCACGCACAUUCGAUAGAGGCACAGCUUCUGCACUAUGAAGCUCCAGAAGAACCUUUUCUAGAUCUUCUUGUUCCAAUCCUUCCAAUCAGCUCAUCCUAAGGUCAUAAAUAAAAAAUUAUAAACCUAUGCGUCAUAAAAUAAAUUUUACAAACAAGAUGACAAGAUGCUAUGUAUCCAUGUAGAAUUCUGCAUAUUUAAUAUGAAAUAAAAAUAUAUCCGAUUAACUUUCACAAUAGCUGUAUGUCUAACAGAACCGUCUAACAGAUAUUAUUAAUUUGUCUUAAUUUAUACUUUUGGUUUAUCUUACAAAUAACUCUAGUUAGACAUAUUGUAAUAUUGUACCUGUUUGUAAGUAUGUGUCCGCAAUGUAGUAAAACACAGUAAGCAGGUCAGCACUUUCCUUGUGCUCCUUGAAGGGAAACAAGAAAGGCAUUAGUGUAGGAUAAAAAAUAAAACAAAAAAGACAACACAACACGAGAAAACACGAAAAUAAAAAGAUAAAUUAAUGCAUUAAGGAUGGAGUCAAUUGUAUACAUUCUAAUCAAAACAAAACCUGGAAUUUGCGCUAAAGGUCUGUUCAACCAUAAUACACCUCUUCCAUAAUAAGUACAUCUACACUUAUUAUAUAUAAUUGUGUUCAGGAGAAAGAGGGCUUUCAGGUCACAUGAAAUAUUCAUAUAUAAUUAUGAAUAAAAUCUAAAAAAAAUUGGGAAAUUAAGAAAUGUUAUUUUUUUAAGUUCUGCAAGACAUUUUAACUGUGAAUGUCAAAAUACUGUUAGCUUUUACUGCAAUACAAUACACAUAUUUGUAUUUAGCAACAUCACAUGAGUACAACAGUACCUCCCGUGUACAAGUUUUAUGAGGUUUUGAAAAGUUACAGGGUUAAAUAUAGGGCUUUCCCCAUUUACAGUUUUUACACAUUAACAUUUCUCAGAUUGAAUUGCUGGGCCUAUGUUGCCUCUGAGACAGUAUGGUAGCCUAGGAAUGAAAUUAACCCCCAUCAUGAUAUACCUUUUGAAAAAGUAGACAACUCGGGGUAUUCAAAAUGGGGUAUAUCCAGUUUUUUUAGUAGCCACUGUGACACAAACGCAGGCGAAAGUUAGGGUUCAUUUUAGUUUUUUUUUUUUUUUUUCAUUUUUCACAAAUAAACUGCCCUUUCACAGAUGAUUAUAUGUUUUAUUGCUCUAAAACAAUCAAAUUUGACUCACGAGCACAACAACCCAUGUCCAGGUUUUAUAGUGUUUUGGAAAAUUACAGGGUCAAAUAUAAGACUUGCUCAUUUCCAUUUUUGCAAUUGGAAAUUUGAAAGAUUAAUUAUGGUGGCCCACAGUGGCGUAGCUAGAGCUUUUGCCGCCUGGGGCUGCCCCUGAGUUGGCCGCCCUUAUCUCAACCCACGUCAUGUUCGAUGCAGUCGCGGACAUUCGUGACAGCAAAUUCAAUAAACAGAACAGAUUCCUUCAUUGUCCCAUCCUAUCUAAGAGUCAGACUAUGUAGCUUUACUUAGUAUUUUGGGCAAACAGUCUUAUAUCGAAUAUAGCAAAUCAAAUCUUAAUUAGGGUACCCAACCAAGGUUGCCAUCUUUUUUUUAUACCAUUCGUUCUUUCAUAAUAUAAUCCUUUCUCAAUUGUGUAUGGAUAUUUGAGUUGAUUUAAAAUAUAAGGCCAGGAAGGGAUCUCUUGUUUUUGCCAAAAUCUAGAGAUAGCAACUUUGGCAGCCAUUGUCAAAUGAAUUAAUAGAUAUAUUUUUUGAGUCGAGAGAUUAAAAUAAAACAUAAUAACCUGAAAAUCGUUCCCCAGUUUGUGACCCACUAGUUUAACUAAUUCAUUUAUUAUCCUUUUCCAUAUCAUAGUCAACAAAUAGCAAUCCCACCAAAUAUGCUUUGAACUGCCCAUACAACACUUAAACCUACAACAAAGAGGGGAGACUGUUAAUUUUUUUAAGUUUAAAUCUAGUAUGUUACCUUGUAUAGUAGUAUUAGGGCUACCUUUAGCAAUUUUAUCCAAUAUCCUAUUCUUCCUUCUAUAUUUAAACCAAUCAAAAUAUAAUUCCCUUAAAAAUUACAUUUAAUUGAGAACAUAAACUUAGUACUUGCUCCCUUAUUAAGACCAAAUCAGGGCAGAGGUCCCUAACUUUCAAUAGGAACGACUCUAUCUUACACCAUGACUUGUUAACUGCCUUUGAGGUCUGCCACCUCCUUAAAUGAAAACUCCUGCUUGCUACAUAAUAUCUAAUAAUAUUUGGGAUUGCUAAGCCCCCUUUAUUGGUUUUCUUCAUUAAAUGUGAAGCUGAGAUUCUAGGUUUCUUAAAACCACAUAUAUAAUUCAUGAAGAGAUUAUGGACUUUUACUAAAGACGUAUGACAAUUUAGGAAGAAUAUAUGAUUUGAUAACAUUCACUCUUCCCAAGAGAUACCCAUGUUUUUCCAUUCGUUCAAUCAUUUUACACUAGUAUCUUUAAAAAGGAUUUCAACAUUUUUCAAACAUAUUUUUGCUAGAUUCUGAGAAAAAUGAAUCCCUAAGUACAUAAGGCCAUCUGUGGUUUAUUCAAGAGGAUACUCCAAUCUUAGGGUCUCCCCUGCAAUAGAACUAAGAUUUACAGACAUUAGAGAUUUUGCCAUAUUGACUUUAUAAUUAGAAACUUCACUGUACCUCCCGACUUCUGAAACCAAGGCAGCCAAAGAGACUUCUGGGUCUGUCAGGGUAAGAAUGAUAUUGUCUGCGUAUAAGCACAACUUAUGGUCAGUGUCAUCUAACAUAACACCCCUAAUUUGAGAAUCAGCUCUAAUAUAAGCUGUCAAUGGUUCCAGAAUCAGAAUGUACAGCAAAGGGGCUAGUGUACAGCCCUGUCUGGUGCUGUUUUGAACUCUAAACCAUUUGGCUGAAAUACCUGGGCCUACUGUUUGAGCCGUCGGUUCAUCAUAUAGGGCCAUUAUUGCAGACCUUAUUAGACCAUUAAAUCCGAAUUUCUCUAGAGUCUUAGACAUAAAUCCCCAGCUGACCUUGUCGAAUGCCAUUUUGGCAUCAAGAGACAGGGUUAGCAUGGGGACACCGGUCCUAUUCGAAUAGUCAAUCAGACCCAAUAAUCUUCGAGUAUUGUUAUUUAAAGCACGGCCUUGUACAACACCCAUUAGAUCUUGGUGUAAUAGACGUGGAAUUAAAGGUUUUAAUCUAUUAGCUAUUACUGAAGAAUAGAUUUUAAUAUCAGAAUUAAUCAAUGAUAUUGGCCUAUAAUUUGCGGUGGAGGUGGGGUCCUUUCCUACUUUUAAGAUUGGAGAGAUAUAAGCCUGCAGCAUCUCUUUUGGUAUUAUUCCCUUCAUUCUAAUCUCGUUAAAGGUGUUAACUAGAUGUGGGACUAAAUAAUUUUUACAUUUUUUAUAAAAAAGAUUAGUGAACCCAUCAGGUCCUAGUGCUUUCAUUUUAAAAUUGUUAAUUACAUCCACUAUUUCUUUUUCAGAAAAAGGUAGAUUUAAGUCCGAUAGUAGUUCAUCUGAUAAUCUAGGAAGAGCUGUUCUUGCUAAAUAAUUAUUAAUAUCUUCUUCUAAUGGUCAUGACGAAAGAUUGUAUAACCUUGCAUAAUAAUUGUUAAAGGCCUCACUAAUGGCUUUAGGAUCAAUAAAACUACUUCCAUUGACUUCUAUUUUUUCAAUUCUUGUCCUAGCCUUACGAUUUUUCAGUCUAUUUGACAACAUUUUAUCCGCCCUAUUAUCCUUAUAAUACCACUUCUGGUUUAAUUUUUGUAGAGUAUAAAUCGCUUUAGACCAAAGAGUAGUAUUAAUCUUUUCUUCUAAAGUAUUUCUUUUUGCGAUCAAAUCUUUUGUAGGGGAGGAUUUAUUUAGAUUAUAUAAUUCAAGAUAUAUCAAGUUAGGAGGGCGCUCAUAUUUUUUCCUCAAUCUCUGCACCUAUCUUUAUAAUAUAUCAUCAAACAACACUUUUGAAAGCACACCAAACUGUUGUGAGAAGAAUUUUUCUAUCUAGAUUUUCUUUAAAAAAGAACUUCAUCAUAGUUGUUAAAUAUUCACAACUAGAUUCGUUACUCAAUAAUUUCUCAUUUAACCUCCAAGACAAAUGAGAUCCCCCAUCCAAACCUGUCUCAAUGUCUAUAUAAAUAGCUGAAUGAUCUGACCAUGUCAUUUCUUUAGCUAAACUGUCUUAUUUAAUUAAAUAUGGUUUUCUGAAAAAAUUAUCCAAAACGAGAAUAUGACACGUGGUUUAGAAAAAAAGGUGAAAUCUAAUACAUCUGGAUGCAUUACUCUUCAGAUAUCGAAUAAUUCAAAUGUAUUUAUUAUAUUCCAAAAUUGAUAAUCAGAUCUUCUCUGAGGGUUGUUUUUUUGCCCGAGAUAUUUUAAACAAUGCUGGAUCAAUAAUAGUUAUUAAUAAUAGUUAAAGUCGCCUCCUACGAGUAGUUCCCUGCACCAGUUUCUCCACCUUCGUUAGAUUAUUUAAAAAUUUCAACGAAUGCCUGUUAGGGGCAUAUAUAUUGAGCAACGAAUUUGCCAUGAAUUUCAAGUACUCAACGCCUCUAGCUCAACAAAGUUUACAACCUUUUCAAGCUUUAAGAUAUACACCCAAUGGAUACAUGUCUGAAAAAUUCACGCAUGUAAUUCAUUGGGGGCAUAUGUACUAAACAGUGAUUUUAGGAGGGGUGGCUGCCCAUUUAGGCAGAACAUUACUUAAAAAGUUAUUGUUACUGUAGAGCUACAGUAUAUUUAACGUUUUAUUAGUUAAUGAUUAAUUAUUAAAUAUUAAUUAUUUAUUAACUUUUUAUUAGUGUGAAAGGAAAUACUUAGGAGUGAAAAGCAGCUUAAAGAAUUUAUUAUACACUUGAACAAAAAAACAAUUGAAGCACCUUAAUAUACUUUUUUUUACAGGGAGGGAUGGGUGUGUGGAGGGGGGCUGUGGAGGGUGCAGGGAGGGAUGAGGAGGGGGGCAGUGAAGGGUGCAGAGAGAGAGGGGGGUCUGUGCAUGGGGGCUGUGAGGGUGCAGGGAGGAAGGGGGUCUGUUGGUAGUGCAGGGAGGGGACAGUGCAGGGGAUGGAUGGGGUCUGUGCGGGGGGGGAGUACAGGGGAGGGAGAGGAUCUGUGCAGGGGGAGUGAUGGACUGCCAAAGUGCAGAGAGGGGUGGCUGUGCAGUGACAGAGGGGAUAUGGGCAUGGGAGGGAGGGGGACUAUCAGGGUGCAGGGGAGGUAGGAAGAGAGGGGAUCUGUGCAGGCAGAGAGGGGAUCUGUCAGGGUGCGGGGGGAGCAGGGGGAGAGAUGGGAUCUGGGCAGGGGAGGGAGAGGGAUGAUCAGGGUGUAGGGUAGUGAGUGGAUCUGUGCAGGGAAGGGAGGGGGACUGUCAGGGUGCAUAGGAGGCAGGUGAUAGGGGAUUUGUAACGGGAGGGAGGAAAACUGUCAGGGGAAGGGGGACGCAGGGGAAAGGGUAUCUGUACAGAGGACGUAAGGGGACUACCGGGGGAAAGGGGGAGAGGGGAUCUGUGCAGCGAGGGGGGCUGUGCAGAGAGAGGGACUGUCAGAGUAUAGGGAGAGAGGUGGACUGUGAGGGUGCAGGGAGGGGGCUGUGCAGAGAGGAGCAUACCUGGUGUCUCUGCCAGGCUGCAGAAAAGCCAUUGGUAGCCCAUAAAUGAGAAUUACCCCCAUCAUGGCAAAUAGGGUAUGUCCAGUCUUUUUUAGUAACCACUUAGUAACAAACGCUGGCCAAAGUUAGCGUUCAUAUUUGUUAUUUGCAUUUUUAAAUUAAAAACUGCACUUUUGCUGAUUAUAUCAUUGUUGUGGUCCAUUUUUCCAGUUUUGAAACACUAAUAUUUGUGUUCAGGGAAGUCUCCCGUACAUGUACAGGUUCUAUGGGAUUUUGGAAAGUUACAUGGUUAAAUAUAGGGCUUGCAAAUUAAAUUCUCUGGACUUUCUGCCUGGGUUGUCAGGCAGGUCUUUCAAAUUGUAAUUAAUAAACUCACAUAAUUACAUCAAAAGAUUACAUAAAUAUAUACAUAGAAUUUAAAUAUAUGUCCUGAUGAAAGCUCCCUAGUGGAGCUGAAACGUUGAUUUAUCUUUACACAGUAAAAGCUGUUAAAACUCCUUGAGUGCCGGUCUUUCCACUUUCUACAAUUGAGCUACCAGAGCACCAGGUAAAAUAUAUCUUUUUAUUGGAGUGCAGGGGUUUGACAUAUUUUAUAUAUAUAUAUAUAUAUAUAUAUAUACAUAUACACACACACAUAUGUAUCUAUUUUAUUUCUUUGUGUAUAUUUAUGUAAUUAUAUGUAUAUAUAUAUAUAUAUAUAUAUAUUUUAAAAUUAUUUUUAUGUGUGUAUAUAUAUAUAUUAUAAUCUAUAUUGUUUUGCUUUUGCAGCGCUAGGGGGACUGCCUGACAGCCCCAUAGACGCCUAUUGAAGCCAAGUGAUUGCAUUGUUAGAGUGAUCACUUGGCCCGCAGGGACCUGAUUAAGGCUGUCAGGCAGUCCUUCCAAAGCGGAUCGCGUCAGAGUUAGGUCCAAGGGCAUAAAGCAGUUACGGCGUUCCUUGCCGCCGCAAAGGCUUUAAAGCCCUGUAUGAUGCAGACGGUAUGGAAUACCCUAAAGACGUAAUGUACUACUCUUGGAAAGACUUGUCAAACCAGAGGUUAAGCAAUUUUCAUGUGAAGAGCAACAGUUUGUAAAUGCUUUAUUAAAAAUAGGAAAUAAGUAAACAUAAUGGUAAAAUCACAGGGAGAUGACGGCUCCACUUUAAACGCUCAGGUCAGGGUCAGUACAAGUUGAGGUCUGUCUAUAUCUGGGUAACUGAAUGGUAGAAAUGCUAUUACUGGAGCCUUACCUGGCUUUGCUGGUAAAGAUGCCCACAGCACAUUCAAUAGAGGCACAGUUUCUGAACCACAAAGCUCUAAAAGAUUAUUUUCUAGAUCCUGUUGUCUCAGUCCCUCCAAUUAGCCAAUCCUAAGGUUAUAAAAAAAACACAUAACAAAGAAAUGGGAAACCCAUGCUUCAUAAAAUACAUUUUACAAACACAAUGCUAGCUGUCACUGGAGAAUUCUGCAUACUCAAUAUGAAAUAGAAAUAUAUUGUGAAUAAGAUUAGCUUUCACAAUAGCAUAUAUUCAGCAGAAAUGUCUAACGCAUAUUAAUAUUCUAUCUUAAAGUAAACAGAGUACAGGUCAGAAGUCCGGAUACAAGUCAAGGGCUAGUGAGCUACGCCACUGUAACCACCUAAUAGGGAGCUCCAAUAAGAGGGUAACCAUCUAAAAUAUGCAGGAAAUAGGAGAAAGUGAUGUAUAGUAUCCCACAAGGGGAAACUAACAUCAGGAGAGCUCCUCUGCCAUAAGAAAUGAGGAAGGGGUGCCGUACCUUUAAUCAGUAUAAGGAUAAAAAGGGAUAUGCCUCUUUGAGGCUUUUCAUCUGCGUUUAGAGCAGAUUACCUGGUCCCUUGUUCUCUGUGGACCCUGUGCCUUUUCUCUCUCCCUAACCUCGUUUACACUACCUUCCCGUCAGUCGGACACUAGGGGAACUGGAACUUAGAGUAUUUAUUACUCCAGAUAAUAGACCCCCUUGGCACCGUUUAGUAGCUCUCCCCUUUUUCAAGUUAUACUUUUUGUUUGCAUAUCCCUUUUUAUCCUUGGAUCAGGGGUGCCCAACAGGUAGAUCCCCAGAUGCUGUAGAACUACAACUCUCAUGAUGCUUUGUCAUUCUCAGUUUAUUCUAAAUUCAUGCAAAGCAUCAUGGGAGUUGUAGUUCUACAACCUUGGGGGAUUUACCUGUUGGGCAGCCCUGCCUUAGACUGAUUAAAGGUAGGGCCCCCCUUCCUCAUUUCUUAUACUAGUGGAGCUCUCCUGAUGUUAGUUUCCCCUCGUGGGAUUCUAUAUAUCACUUUCUCCUAUUUCCUGAAUAUUUUGUCUUAAUUUAUGUUUUUGGUUUUGUUGCUUUUUGUCUUAAAAAUAACUCUUGUCAGACUUAUUGUAAUAUUGUACCUGUUUGUAAGUAUGUGCCCGCAAUGUGGUGAAACACAGUAAGCAGGUUAGCACUUUCCUUGUGCUCCUUGAAGGGAAACAAGAAAGGCAUUAGUGCAAAGUAAAAAAUAAAACAAAAACGACAACACAACAAGAGAACACAUGAAAAUAAAAGAGAAAGUAAAGGAACUAUCAGGGUGCAGGGGAGGCAGGAAGAGAGGGGAUCUGUGCAGGCAGAGAGGGGAUCUGUCAGGGUGCUGGGGAAGCAGGGGGAGAGAUGGGAUCUGUGCAGGAGAGGGAUGAUCAGGGUGCAGGGUAGGGAGGGGAUCUCUGCAGGGAAGGGAGGUGAACUGUCAGGGUGCAGGGGAGGCAGGUGAGAGGGGAUUUGUACCGUGAAGGCAGGAGAACUGACAGGGUGCAGGGGACGCAGGGGAAAGGGGAUCUGUACAGGGGAUGUAGGGGGCUGCCAGGGUGCAGGGGGAGAGGCGUCUGUGCAGGGAGGGGGGGCUGUGCAAAGAGACGGACUGUCAGAGUAUAGAGGGAGAGGUGGACUGUGAGGGAGCAGGGAGGGGGCUGUGCAGAGAGGAGCAUACAUAGUGUCUUUGCCAGGCUGCUCUUCCUCUUCACUCCGCAGGACAGGAGAGCACAGUAAGUGAUAUGACUUCCCAUCCUCCUGCCCCGCCUCUUCCUCACUCACUGCACCUAUCAGAGCAGGAUAAGCCACUGGUUGCCCAUAAAUGAGAAUUACCCCCAUCAUGGCAAAUGGGGUAUGUCGAGUCUUUUUUAAUAACCACUUUAGGAAAUAAAUAAACAUAAUAGUAAAAUGCCAUGGAGGUGAGGGUUCCACUUUAAAGGUGCACUAUAGGCACCCAGAACAUUUCAGCUCAUUAAAGUGGUCUGGGUGCAAUGUCCAUCGGUUUAAUAAUUGCAAUUAUUGCAGUCAUUGAUAAACAGCAAUAAUUACAUUGCAGGGAUAAACUCCAUCUCUAGUUGCUAUCUACCAGACCGCCACCAGAGACGAUUCUGGGUCGUUAGACGACUUUUAGUCACCUAAGUAACUAACGCUGGAUGUCCUCACACUGUGCAUGAGGACCUCCAGGGUCUGCUAAAAUCCCAGAUCAAAGCAUUGAUAGCUAUAGUGAUCGCCGCCAGUGAACUUUAGGUACCCAACGUCGGGGGAGGAGGAGGAAUGGAGGCGGAACCUGACGCAGCACUGAGGGACAUCGGCGCUGGAGUCAGUUAAGUGACAAAAGUGUUUUAACCCUUUCUGCGCUGCUGAGGGACAGCAUGUGGGAUAGGGGCACUAGAAGGUACUAUAGUGCUAGGAAUACAACUUUGUAUUCCUAGAACUAUAGUUUCCCUGUAAGCGCUCGGUCAGGGUCAGCACAGGUUGAGGUCUGUCUGUCUCUGGCUAACUGAGCAGUAGAAAUGCUACUACCAGUCUUACCUGGCUUUGAUAGUAAAGAUGCAUCAGGAACAAUUAAACCACAAAGCUCCAGAACAUUAUUUUCUAGAUCCUCUUGUUCUAGUCCCUCCAAUCAGCUCAUCCUAAGGUUAGUAAAAAAAAAAACAAAGACAAGAAAAAAUGGUCACAUAUGGCCACAUAAAAUACAUUUUACAAUGAAGAUGCUAGCUAUCCAUGGAGAAUUCUAGAUAUGCAAUAUGGAAUAGGAAUGUAUUAUGGAUAAGCAUAAGAUUAGCUUUUACAAUAGCUGUAAGAAAAGUCUUACAGACAUUAACAUUUGUCUUAAUUCACAUUUUUGAGGUUGUCUGUAAGACAGAAAGCAGACAUAUCAUUGUAAUAUUAUACCUGUUUUUGGUUUUGUGUCAGAUUCGGGUGCAUCCUGGUGCCACUAUAGCCGAUCGAGUUCUGCGCAAAGUUGGUGGUAGGUGGACGAGAAGCCAGUGAUGAUGUUUAAUAGAUCACUGGAACCGUACAAAAGAGUAGGCUGUGGAUCAACUAGUCUCAUGCUUCCAGAGUCUGUGCUAGAGUCCCUGAUGCCACAUAGUUCCUGUCUCCUGAUGUCCUUGGGAACUCUUUUGCUGCUCUGAUGAAAUAUUUUAGAUGGACUUACUGACCUAUACCCAGAUUUUUGUGUGAAGUCUUUUUUACUAUUAAAUUGAGUAACUGGUUUGAGUGUCAUCACAUGAUCCAUGGGCCUGCUGGUCUGCAAUGGCGGCAGCUUUCGCUGAUACAGCACUGAGGGUUCACUACUGCUGGAUUUUUGAUCUGACAGCUUUGUUGCUAAAAAAUGGGGAGGCCGAAUGCUAUCCAAGUGUUUGCAGUUCACUAAAUUGGACACUCUCUGUCUCUCCACCUCCUUGGAAGCUCUUUCAUUGCUUAUGUGAGAAGAUCUUGAUGGACUGAGUGACUUCUUUGUCUGCAGUAAUGGCUGCUUUUGGCCACGCAGAACAACACUGCUGGCGUUUGGAUCUGACAUCUUUGCUGCAUGGAGAUGGCGAGGUUGAAUAUUCUUAAGGGGUUUGCAUGUCACUAAAGAUGUAACUCCCUGUCUCCUCACAUCCUUGGGAGUUGUUCUACUAUGAAAUGGACUGCCUUGCUUGAGUGCCAUCUCAUGGUUGUUUGUCUGCAAUAACGGCAGCUUUCGCUCAUACAGCGCAGAGUGUUGCCCAAGUCCACUACUGCUGGUUCCCGGCUCUGAUGACUUCUUUGUAAAAAGAUGACAAGCCAGCAUGUUAUUAAAGGACUUGUAUGUCAAGAAAUUGCUAUAUUUCUUCCACGUGUCCUUGUGGGGGAAGAUUCGAAUAAAACCGCCUCUCCUCUCUUCCUCUUCCUUGACCUCAUGAAUGAUCUUCAACCUCUCUUGGAAGAGGGAGGUUUCGGUCUGUCCAGCAGCUGUCUUUUGAUGUCCUGCUUUUACUUUUGUGGCUAUUGUGGUCCCUUUGUCCAUAUUCUGCUGGGUAUUUUGACACUGCACACCAAUUAAUGUCAGAGUGUCUGCAAGCAGAUUUGCCUUGAUUUUUAACUCAAGGGGUCCAUCAGAAACCAGAGAUGGCAUCAGAUUAACUUCCAACAGCCAGGGCUUUAAGGUUUCAUCAACUAGGACAUCAAAGCCGUACAAUUCAAAACACUUUCUUCUGUCAGCGAGAGUUCCUUGAAACACUGAGGCAAUAGAGCCUUCUGCCGAUAUUAUGGUCUUAAUAACAAGCUCUUCUAUUUUAGACAUGAGCGUGGCUGUGUCUUUUCCUAUUCCCUUUAGGUGACGCAGCAAAGCACCCAUGCUCCAUAAACUGCCGUGAUUUUCCACUUCCGGAUUUGUGGAUCUCACAUAGUUUGCAUUUGCUUUGUUUAUGCUGGUGUUAGUCAAAUGCAUAUAUAUGUUUUUCAUGUUCUCCUCCGUUGGUUUGUAUUUAUUGGUGGCAAACCUUGUCAGACCCUCUUCAUACAAGUAAAUAAUUAGUGGAUCAUAUGACGUGACCAGUACAAAGAGGCGUAGGUCAAAUUUAAAACCGUCAACAAUAAGUGGAUUUUUUAUGUAACGAGAGACUAGGAGUUUUUCCUUUCUGUUUACUUGAGAGAUGGAAUUGAUAAUCUGAAUUCCGCGGCCUUGACAGGCAGAGACAGGCUUUGAGAUCCAGGGGCCUUGAUCCUUGGAAAUAACUUUGCGGAAUUCCUGGUUAUCAUUGGGUAGUACAUAACUCUGGGGUAGGAAGUUGUAUGUCUGGGCCCCAUGUUUCUUCUGCAGGGUUUGAAUGUUUUUGCAGAGUAGAUCCUUGCGUCCCAACUCCAUAGAAUUGGGGAAGUGGUUGAUUUUCUGAUAUUUGGAAAGAUUUGCCAAGACAGAAGCAUUAAUGUAUGGUCCUGUCCACAUCAAAUUGAAAUUGCUGCUGCUGUCUUCCACUUUCUGAAACCCAUGAGCAGAUAGCAUUGUGCUGACCGGGCUAUUCCCGAUACGAGCCAUCUUGUAUGCCAGGUGGUAGCGUUCUCCCACCUCACGCAGGCAUACAUUUCCAGUUGCGCCUUCUGCUUGAAAUUUCACCACUGGCGUUUUUUCUGAACCCCCAGUCCAUAUUAUACAGGGGUGGUCGCCUUGGUGUUCUUUCUCCUGGCGCUCAGAGGGUUCACCCUUCUUAGGCUGUUGUCCAGCCAUGAUUAUAUAUUUAGCUGGUAUCAAUAGCUGUGUAAUACCAAAUAAUGAAUUUGCUACUGCUCUCUUAGCCUCCUGUUCAGUUGGCUGCUAUGCAGUGCAAUGACUAAAUGAAGCAGCUGCAGCACUGUCAGCUAAGAGGAGCAUAGUGAUGUCAGAGCAGCACUGUGAGGUCAGAGGAGCACUGGGAGGCCAAGCAAACAGAUUUACAGAGUUUUCUCAAAAAGUUUUUGUUUUUUGAGGAGAUAGUGCUUAAUUAAACUACAGAGAGGUACUGAAAUAUCUUGCACCCUAGCGACAGACUCUUGAUGCACCCUUGCCCACAGCAUUAAUGAACCAAGAUAUUACUGUAUAACUCAAUCUGAUUUACUAUCAGUCACCAAUCUGUCUCAGUUUCCGAGUCACCAAUCUGCCUACUUUCACCGCUAUUAUUUAAUGGAACACUAUAGUGUUAAGAAUACAAACAUGUAUUCCUAACACUAUAGUGCUAGAAUAGCAGUUUAGGUGACUCCCCUCAAUAUGAAGUAAAAAUGUAUACAAACAUAGUCUUGAUGAUCUUAGCCAUGGCCCCUCAAACUCUGGCCCUCCAGAUGUUGCUACAACUCCCAUGAUUCUCUGGCUAUCUAUGUAAUUCAAAGAAUCAUGGGAGUUGUAGUACAGCAACAUCUGGGGGGCCGGAGUUUGAGGACCCAUGAUCUUAGCCAAUCCAAUGCUUAAAUCAAUGCGUAGGGAGCACCUCCAGUGUCAGUCUGAGCGACUGCACCUAGUAAUGUUACUAGGCAGCAGUGUAAACACUACCUUUUCUUUGAAAAGGCAAUGGACACAUUGAAAAGGCUACAGGACAUGAUAUAGACACCAGAACCACUACAUUAAGCUGUAGUGGUUCUGGUGGCCAUAGUGUCCCUUUAAUAUUGUGCUAGAUCCCUUGCUGGGAUAUAAAAACAACAUUCCUGUUAUCAUCAUGGGGAAUAACACAGAACCACCACAUUGCAGAUUAUAUUUUUCUCUGUGUGUCAGACCUCUGAAUUCCUAAUUAUCAUUGUGCACUUUACUGCAAGCAAAUAAAAUUUUACUUGGAUAAAAUCAAUGAAAAAGUGUCCAAGAGUAUCCAAAUUUUAGUGCACAAAUGUCCAAACCAUAUUUGUGUUGGAAUAACAGUUCCAGUAUAAUUACCAAUCCUCCUGUUUGGAAAAAGAUCGUAGAGAGUAAGCGAGUCCAAUGCCAGAAAGACCCAUAAGGUAGAAGUUUAACUACCAACAGUCCUGAGAUAGCCCAGCAAUAGCCCCUUUGACAAUAACAAAAACACAUAAGAAAAUCCAAAAUACUCUGCUCAUUUACCUUUACAAAGUAAAAAUCACAUUUUGGUACCCCUGGCAACGUCAUCAAAAAAUAAGACCACUAGUGCUGGUUGUAUCAAGCUUACAAAUCCACUUAGUGUCAACGUUUAUAGCAGUUCUGUGAGUUAAAUACUAACAUUGACUGUAUUGGAAUUUCACAGAAAUUCCCAAAUAUUAAAAACAUAUCAUAAGACAAAGUAGCAACUACUUUUUCCAAAUCACAUUAGAAGGUUUAUAAUACUUUGGAACAUGAUAAUUAUGGAUACUGCUUAGCCAGUUACCAAACGAAUGGUUAUUCACUAAAGUGAGAAUUCAAAGUGAAUAUCAAAUUUCAAGCCAAAAUAGCCAAUUUUGAGACUUUUUUCUAUUAAUGCUAUUUUGGCCUUAAUUUUAAAAUUCACUUUGAAUAUACUCCAAAUUCUCACUUUAGUGAAUUACAUUGUACGACUCAGCAAGUCCAUUCUCCAAUGUUCCAAAAUGCUUCCAUUGUGCUUUAUAGUGAAAAUCAACAGUACACAAGUGCCAUAUGCAAAUUUCUAAUCCAAAUAUUUAACUCCAGACACCAGGGAAAAUGUAAGAAAGUUUGGAAAUUAUUAGAUCAGUUUAUGAAAGUGUGAACAAGCUGAUUGUGUUUAUUGGUUUCUGGCUGAGUUUUUAUUGAAUAGACAUGGAUGAAAUUACAAGUUAAUAGAAGUCACUGGGUGGUUCCUUAUUUUAUAUACAAGUACUCACAGCUGCUGUACAAGCUCUGUUAUAGAAAUUUAUAAAAGAACUCUGCAAGUCUCCUAGGAAUUGUAUAGUGUACAAACCACAUAGUUCUUGUACAGUGAGGGUUCAGAGGACGAAAUACUAUAGGAUGUAUAUGCAGCUGAUUUGCAAUUCUAGCAGCACUAAUGAAUGGCAGGAACAGGGAGAGCCUGGCAUGAUAACAUAAUUUUACACCUCACUGGAGAUUUAGCAGUAAAUGUCAGUGGUGUACUCGGUAACUAAAAGGGACAAUAUAGUUACCAAAAAAUGUCAGCGUAAUAAAGUAGUUUUGGUGUAUAGAUCAUGCUCACUGCUCAAUUCUCUGCCAUUUAGGAGUUUAAACAGUCCAAGCCACACCUCACUGCAUGUAACCUGCACAGUAUUCCUAUACACCAGGCUUCCCCAAACUCCGGCCCUCCAGAUGUUGCUGAACUACAACUCCCAUGAUUCUCAGCCCAUCUAUUUCAUUCAUAGAAUCAUGGGAGUUGUAAUUAAGCAACAUCUGGACUGCCGGGGUUUGGAGAAGCCUGCUAUUCACUUUCUGUAAAGUAAGACUAAAAGUUUACAUUUCUUUUAUUGCAAAUUCUAUUUCAUUUAGAAUGUCUUAUUCCCUGCACUGUUAAUAGUUCGUUAGACCUUGCAGAAGCCUCCUGUAUGUGAUUAAACUUCAAUUUACAAAGCAGGAGAUACAUUUUAAAGCACUUUUUUCUUGCAGGCUGUGUGAUUCACAGCCAGCUGAGAUUUUGGUUAGGGCUGCAUGGACAGAAACAAAAGUGAGAAUUCGUAAUUAGCUUUGCCUUAGUGAAGGUAUAGUCCAUAUUUGAAUAUACAAGUGGCAGAUAUUUGCUUCACUUCCUUUAUUGGAACCUUUAGACAGGGAGUUAAGUUCAGAACAAAUGAUCAACCAAUCAAACAGAACAAUUAAUAAAACCCCAAUACACCCCUCCUACAUCCUCUUUCGUUGAUGAUGCAAUACAGGCAGGGGAUAGACAAAUGUAACGUGGGAGAACCGAAGAAACAAUGGAAGCAUGGUCUAUAAUCAAAAUGGGAAAGCUAGGAGCCUCAAACUAAAAGAAAACAGAAUAAAAGAUGUGAUAGUAUGGGAACAGCCAUUAUGGCAAAGCAUGCAAACAAUCAACCUUAGAGGCUACGUGAAAGUACAAGGGCAUGCAAUAAAGUCUAACAGUUAGCAAUUAUCAGAACGAUAUUUUAAACAAACAGAACAAAUCAGUAGCAGGCAAGACAAAAGUACAAAUACAAAACAAAGCAGAGCAUCAUGAAAGAGGCAGGAGUCAUGCAUCAAGUAGAUGGAACAAACCUCAGAGAGGCAUAAAGAAAAAAAAUAACAAACACAGAAACAAAAAGGGGGGGAGGAAACACAUACGGACGGGCCAGAUAGUCAUCCUCCUGUUUUUAUUAAUUAACAUUUAGACUAUAUGAUCUUCAAGGUUAGGCUAAUCUCCAAAUUUAACACAAGACAAGAGACUUCAUACUUGCUCUUCUAAUGCUGAGAAACCAGAGCAAAGACGCAUGAGGACGCAGACAAAAAUAAAAGUACAAAACAUGGACUCCCGCAACCAUAGCCAAAACACCUGCCAGAAAGCUGGCCAACGAAAAGGCAGUCAAUGCCGCCGCACCACAAAUUGAGUGGGCCCCAAAGGAACCAUCAACACUUGCUAAAACAAGAAGCCAUCAGAUCCAGCAAGCCACUGUAGGAGUCUUAGCAGGUUUGUAAGGGUGAGCAUAGGAGAUCAAGAAGGGACUCAAGUGGGAAGAAUGACGAAAGGACUUAGCCGUCAAAUAAACCCGAACACAGCGAGUCACGCACAACCUGGAGACAAAAGGUAAUUCUCAGGCCAGAUGGGUAAAAAAAUCCAACACCAAAGAGACAUCCCAGAAGGUGGAAUACUGCAAUGACGGAGGCUUAUGAGGCAGGCCGACAGACCGACGGUUCCAUUGCUUAGAGGGACACAGAGAAAGGAAUGUGGGCCACCAAAAUCGCCAAACGAAAGAGAUUGAUAGCUCAGUAUAACCUACCCUGAGCGUUAGGAGACAACAAAAAGUUAAGGACCUUUACUCCAAAAGCCAUAAAGGUAACCACAUGUUCAUCUAGGCACCAAUGUUGCCACACACGCCAUGCGGAAAGGUAGGAGUCCCACAAUGCAGAUAGUCCCAACAUAUCCCAGGAUCCCCGGAAAUCUACAAGGCCACAAGCAUCAAGCAUUCAUUGAUGGAGCAAUAGAUGAGAGUUCCUGGCAGGAUCAAGGAGAAGUGACAGAUGAUGGGGAAGCAGCAGGGAGUCCACUGCUGACUAUUCAAGCAGGCCGGGAAAAACUGGGUUGGAACCGCUACAGCAGAGUAAUGAAGACGAUUGACACCUUUUGUCUCUUCACAAGGUUAAAAAAAUCAAGCGAUCAUCGAGAAUGGUGGAAAAGCAUAUGAACUCAUCAUAGGCCACACUUGUAGAAAGGCAUCCACUGUUUGAUUUCAAAGCCAGAAUCCAACUGAAGUAAUCCGUCAUUUGAUGGCUCAGGAGGGAAGCAAAGAGAUCCAAGUCCAGAGGGCCCCGUAGCUGGUCCUGCCGUCUGAAUAUCUCCAGGUCCAGUCUCCAGUUGCUGAAGUUGCGGCAGUUUCGGGACAACCAAUCAGUCAGAAGGUUGUCCGAACUCAGCAAGUGCUCUGCCCAGAGGUUGAUUUCUUCCGAAAGCAAAAGUGGUAGAUUUCUUUGGUGAGAUCUGGCAGGAGCUUUUGUGAGAUCUGACAAGGUUCACCCAGAGUAGCUUAGAAUAUGGAGCAUCCCAUAAUAAAAGCCUAAAGACCUAUACAGUAGUGACUGAAAAACAUACAAUAGUCAAAUAAUGAAUAAUACACAGAAGAAAUGAGAACAAGAACAGAGAUCCCCACUAUGCCGGGAUUGUUUACCAUGUAUAAGGUUACUUGCGCAUGGCUAUCAAAGAUCCUGCUGCUCAUACACUAUCUAUAGAGAACCAGAGCUAAAGAAGCCCCCACACAGGGCUUCAUUCCCCAAAGUCAUUCCCCAGCAAUGCUACUGGGUUGGCAUCCCAAUGCUGUUAUUGCCUUAUGUAGAGUCACUGUUUGAUCAGGACAGGGCUUUAGAGUCCUAAAAAUAUUCCACAUAUUCAAAAUAUUUAGUCCAGAUAUAAGCAGCAGAACCUUCCUACUCUCCAUCCUAUUCCAUUGUCCUCUUUGUGCAUUCACCCUGGUGGGCCAUAGGAUCACAUGAAUAAGUGAGAGAAAACCAGUCCUGUGAUUUGUAAAUUAACAAACCUCAUGUAACCUCGAUAUUACCAGCAUAUGUGAGCAGUUAUGGUGCUUGGGGGUACCUGCAUGACCCAUAGACAGUGCAAAUGUGUAAUGGUGCUCUUCGAUAAUCCUAUUCCUUGAUGCUAAUAAAAAUAAUGUAUACAUUGUAUACAAAAACUCCCAGAGCAUAUGGUUACCAACUGUUAAUGAGGAUUUAAUCUCACGGAGAGGCUAGACUGAUGUAGGGAGACUAUCAGGAAAAAUGUGGGGAAUCUAAAAGAGAACCACCAGUUCAACUUGUCCUGCACGUCACAGGCAAGGACCAACUGAGUUUCCAACUCCAUCAGAAGUUUAUUCUUCUUAAAUGAUGCCUGUUUCAGUUUUUAUUGUGCUUUAGUCUACUUUAUUACUGUUUUUGCUGGAUGGAAGUUCCAAUAAGUGAUUACAUAUGGUCAGUACAUUUAAUAUUUCCUCAUUUUUACAUUUUGUCAAGUAUUGGCCUCUGUGUUUGACAUGAAAUAUGAAAAUGUUUUAUCUCUAUUUAUCUCUAUCUAUUUAAUUAUUUUAAAUAAAGGGUUCAUCUUUACUGUGCCUAAUGGCCUUUAUUAUUAUUAUUAUUAUUAUUUUAUUAUUUAUAUAGCGCCAGCAAAUUCCGUAGCGCUGUACAAUAAUGUAAACAGAUGUCUGCCAUACUCUUUUUAGUCAUAACUUAAGACAUACUGAUGACAGCAGGUUACGUUUAGGAUAACAACGGACAGGUGUGCCAUCUGUUGCUAAGUGGCAAUUUUCACAAGGAACCAAACUGAGAUUGCAAUCUUUCAACAGCAUUUGCUCUGGGAUAGGAUUGCCUAUUCGCAAAACUACUAACUGGUCAUAUUUGGUGAAACUAUUACUCUGCUCCUUUAGAGUGUUCAGAACGGACAUUUGUUUUCUAUCAUUUUUAAAUAGCUUGUCAUUUCUCAUUGCUACUGGUAAUUGUCUCCAAUCUUUGAAAGAUUAUCAGUGUUUAGAAAGAGGCGCAAAAUCCACUUAAUUAUUUCUUUGCAUAAUUUGAAAUAUAUUAGAGGAGAAUUAGUAAACCAGGAGGUGAAACAAAAUGCUUAAAGAGCACUGUGAAGACAUGAAAUCAUAAAGAUUUAUAAUCUAGAUGGUAAUAAAUUUGGAUUUAAAAUCUUAUAAAAUAUAUAUAUAUGAAACCAUGGGGCUGCACUCACCUGACCAUGCAUAAAUGGGGUGCUGCUGGGGACAAUUUAUACAAUACACAAGAUCCAGCGCACUCACUAAUCCACUAAACAGCAACUUCAAAGCUCACCCACUCUAGGCAAAAAUAUUGGGUGGUUUUGCCAAAAUUAGGUGUGGUUUUUUUUUUAAACCUAAUAAAAUCUGUGAGCUUUGAAGUUGCUGUGCAUUGUAUGAUCAUAUACUGUGAUUAAACCCCCAUUAUUUGUGCCUAGUUUAGGUGUUUAAAAAAAAAAAAAAACAACUAAUAAAAUCUGUGAGCUUUGAAGUUUUUAUUUAGUGGAUGAGUGAGUGCGCUGGAUCUUGUGUAUUAUGUUUAUAUAUAUAUAUAUAUAUAUAUAUCUCAGCAGCAGAAAGAGAUAAGGAUUAAUGCCACUUUAAAGGUUACUGAUAAAACCCGAGCUGUUCCAUCAUGUAAUAAUUGAAUACAUAGGUUUUGCGACAUUCGCCAAAAUUAAACAUAGCCUAAGGAAGCAAGAACAUUCUAUAAGACACAUGUAAGCUGUCAGAAUGUAGAAUUAAAUUUUGGAAGCUAUGAGCUAUAUUUAUGCACGCAAACCUAUCGAAAAAGUAUUCAAGUGAGAGUGAAGGCGAUCGAAACCAAUUGAUUUAUCAUGCUAAUAAAACGUUUUCAUAUUUAUCGAUUUUUAACAUUUUAAAGGGGAACUGUUACUUCUAAGGAUUUUUACUAUGUUUACAAAAUGUAUUUGUGAGGUGUGAAAAAUAAAAUCAGAUGUAGAAAUACACACUAUGUUUACAACUGGCUUCCCCAAUCCAGCGCUCUUUCAAUCAUUGUUAUAGGGUCUGAACUUUGCACCUGACAGUCACUAUAUUUGUCUAUUUCUACUUUUCAUAUGACAUUUUUGACCUUAAUUUGCCUUGUCUGAACUGGAUUAUGAUGUCAUUUGUUAAGUCUAAUAUACAUUUUUAAAAAGUAAGCAUCUGAUGUAAAAGGUAAGCAAUACAAUGUAUAUGUGAUAUAUUUACGUUAUUUUGAAUUAUUUGAUGUUAAUUCAGGGAAUUAACACAUAAUUUAGGAAAUUAACACAGAAUCUGACCAUGCUUACCUAUAGAGAUUUUCCAAAAGAGUGCAUGGAAGGAGAAAAGAAUGUAGAAAUAGUUAAGAGAGAAACAGAAAUUAAGUGAUGUAGAAGACCAAGGAAUAGAAGAGAACUAUUUUAAGGAUAGUGUAGUUUCCAGUUAACAGCUGAAGAGCCAGUUAAUAAAUCCAGGAAUGUCUGCAGUAUAUCCAAAGUUAUCAUGAAAAACCCAGGCCAGGAGGAUGGUCUAAUUCGGCAAGUGUUCUCCACCACCCACUCACAUUGUCAUUUUAGGUCUAUUUUACAUGCUGCUGUUUAAGCAUGGAGAAAAUAUAUAUUGCCAUUGAAGGCUAGCUUCUGUGUGGAAUGUACUAAGUCAUAUGAAUGGACAGUGUGUGAAAAUAGCCACAAUGAUACUUGUACUAUCAAUUUAUUCUUAUACGGUUCAAGCACAAAGUCAGUAUUGUGAACAUAAGUGCGUAACUGUGAUAAAUAAUGAAUAAAGAAGCCAAUGGAAAAUAAUACUCUUAUUAAAAAAAAAUGGGGGGGGGAGGGGGCAGGGCCGGACCGCCAUGCAGGCAAGUCGCAUGUUUGAGCAGCCCCUGAGGGCUUUAGCUUAAAGAGCUGAAUUUCGGCAGAGCCUGUACCAACUCGAAGCCCAGGAGUAAUAAUCUGCUACUUAAUUGACAGCUGGUGCUGGUGCCGGGCCCAGAUCUGGGAAUACUAAAGCCUGAAACAAACAAUCGAGACUCCGGAAUUUGAGGCCUAGUCGAGCGAGGAGCGGGAUGGACGGCCGCCUCCUUGCUUCCUUGUUCACUGCCCCACAUUGGCUCUCCCAUGGAGCAACUGACUGGUCCCGUUUCCCCCCCUCUGGACCGGUGCUGGACCUUCUAAACCACAAAGGCAAUCAGCACCGACCGCUAAACACACCUAAGAUGGCGGCACCUCAUGUUCCUGAACAACACGAGGCAGCGGAGGCACACAAGAGGUGGAAGAAGGUCUUUCUGCUGCCUUAUGGAGAGCCCUGCACACGCCUCUGGAGAGCAGGGAGAUAGAAACAUGCAGCACGGCUUACCAAUCACCGACCCGGCACUUCUGCAACCUGAAAAGGUACCUGCGUCCAUGCCCCUCGAUCAGCCAUCAUCAGCCUGAGCAGCGAGACGUGAAGGGAGAGAUCCCAGAAGACGACCCACUGGCUCUGAUCUGGGGAGUAACCACGGCUAAAGGCUUGUGAAAACGGCGUGAAGAGGCCCCAAAAUCUGGCGUGUUGCUCCCUGAGCAUAUCUGGGGAUGGGAGUGUGAAAAUGGGGAAUCCCAACUUGCCACAAUCAGCAUCUCUUCGUGCCUGGGUCAGGAGAACUCUCACAGCCCACUCAGUACACACAGUCUGGGCUUAGGCUGAACUUUUUUUUUUUCUUCAGUUUCAAACACCCAAGACCACAUUAAGUUACUCAGCUCCCAACAGUUUCCAUACUGUUUACUCGUGUUUAUUACUAAUGGGGUUUUUUUGUUUGUUUUUUAAUGGGUGUGAUCUUGUUGGUUUAUGAUUUGAUCGCCUAGUCUUAAUUCCAACAUAUCUUGUCUAUCAUGCAGGCCUAGCAUAUAUGUCACUAUAAAGAUGUGCUGGUGGUAUUUCUAACCAGGCCACUGGUAAUCAUACAGCAUCUCUCAAAGUCUCUUGUAACUUCCUCACAGUGGCCCUAGUAUAAGCAGUAACAUACCUUAGUUUAGUAUACUGACAACUGAUUAGACUUCUUGACAUGCAUAAUACAAGCUUGCAAUUAUCUCUACUCAAUGUUUUUUGUGCAUGUCGAGGUUUCUCACCUUUUGAAUGUUUAUAAAAAAAAAAAGUGCAAGUCUUUAGACAUGACCUGUUGUAUACCUGCAAUAUACUUUGUCAUAUUACUUAUCAAUGUCAUGUCACUAACUGCUUAUGUUUCUUUCUAUGCACUACUAAAAUAAAGAAUUAUAAAAAAAAAUGUAAAACCUCCAAGUGAGUUAGAAUUGAAGCUCAGGGUGCUAACCCUACAUGUGAUUUAAAUGAAGGAGCAUAGGACAUGCAUACUGAAAGAAUGCUGCAAAUAGUAACAGGAUAGAUAUAGGGACAAAAAGCAACAUAACCAAGUUAUCAGUAGCCUAAGUCCCAUUUCAGACCAGACAGCUCCCACAGAUAUGGGUUACCCAACCUAUGCCUGUAAUGGCCAGGCUGAGUCCAGGUAGGUAUGCAAGGUGAUUUGCGCCUCCCAUGGUGCCGCAACGUGCGGUGCCAUAAUAGCCCCAGGUGUUUUCAGGAACCAUUUCCCAAUGUCCACUGACUUCUCCCUCCUUCACAGGGAGACAGUCGCGUGUUUUUGGUCGAGCAUAUUCUGCUCCGAAGCGUGGACUGUGGGUGGACACAUGGGACCUCUUGAUUCCCCACCUAGGAAGGGGGCAUCGAACCAGAGCUCUGGAUGGAGGUUAUGUUGAAGGUAUGGGUAGUGCAGGUGGAUGUCGCCUAUUCUCCCAGCUCUCCCUCUCGUUGGCAUAUGAUAUCGAACCCGUGCUGAAAUUCUGCUACCCAGCUAUCAAGGGAUGACUGCUCUGCGCGCUUGUCGUUGCCAUCAGCCAUUUUGGAUAAGCCACGUGCCAGUCGCCUUCAAGAAAGUCACCCUGGAGCUAUUGAGAGGUUUGUUCCUGUUUGGUGGGGGCUGUGAUUACCCCCAUCCCCCAAAGGGGGGAGUGCAGAGCUCUGAGUGACCACAAGAAGUAGACCGCCACGGACUGAGAGAUCGUCCACCUCUCCCACCAGUAAUCCACCAGGCUGCAACAAUCUGGGUGCCGCAGCUCCUGGUUAGCUGAAAUAUCGAUGCCAGAACUCACUCCAAAGUUUUACCAGACAAGGGUACCAACAAGAGGAAAUUCAAUAGCAGGUUAAUUUAAUCCCAGUAAUCACUGUGUAAUCGGGUUUAAGCAGGAGCUCAUGCACUCUGUGGCUGUUCAGUAUAGCAUCCAAGCUCUGCACCCCAUAAAAAAAAGAGAGAUUUCUUGGCACAAAUAUAUAAUUUUGUUUUAUUUGUCAUGCAAUAUCCGUAAACAAUCUUAAAUAGUUCUUCCGUGUCCAGAAAGAGAAAACAAAUGGGAGACGAUGUGGCUGGGGCCCGAAAAAAAGACAUUAAAGGAACACUCCAAACAUCAUAACCACUACAGCACACUAUAGUGAUUAUGGUGCCCGGACGCCCUCUUUUUUAUUAUUUACACUAUUUUAGAAAGGUUGACUUCUUCUUUGGGAUACACCCCAUGCCGCUUCUCGCUUCCACUACAGCUGUGGGAGAGCAGGAAGCUCUCGGCCUGAACUAAUCUCAUUGCUGGGAGCAAUCAGCUGAUGCGCUCAUCCCUUGAGCUCCCUCUACUCUUCUAACCGGGAGCUUCCAGCUGUCUCAAGACUGUAGUGCUUAUGGUGCCUGGAAUGUUCCUGAAAGCCCUAAAAAACAUGUUGAUUUCAAACAUUACAGAAUUCCUUUACUCUUAUAUUGGGCUGUUUCCAAGUACCCAGUAUCCCCUCUGUAAAGAAGUAUUUCUCUAGCUAAUCUCUACGUUUUCCACUCUCGCCUUCAGAUAUUGUUCUCUCGUUCUUUUUUCAUUAUUGAAAAUUCUUCAAUCUUCUACUUUAUUUCAUUCCUUGUUGUAUUUGAAGGUUUCUGUCAUGUCUCAUCUGUGAUCGAUAAAGUGUCAUAAGCACAUCUGCUUUUUUCCUGCUUCUGAUGCCUGUCUUAUACAACCAAGUAUUCUACUGUCUUCUUAUGUUGCUUUGGAAAACUGUCUGUUCUCAUUUAAAUUUCACAUCAUAAUGCUGUUGUUUUUUUGUUUUUUUCUGAAGAUGUUUUUAGCAAAGUGGAUUAAAUCUGCAAUCCAUUUUAGAUUUCUUUUUUUUUUUAUUUUGUCAUGUGCAUAUUAUCAUGUUUCCCAAGAUGAGUCCAUUCCUUUAAUUAAAUCAUUUAUAAUUUUGCUAAUACUUUCUGAAGUGUCGACCAAAUUAAACGUUUUGUUGUGUCAUCUUCGGAAAGGAAAGCAUUUCACUAAAAUUGUCAGAGAUUAAAAUAUUAAUGUGCUGUUAAACUUGAAUUCUAGAUUUUGCUUAUUUAAUUGAAGCAAAACUUAAAAUCCUGCUGCUAUCUGAUUGGCGUUAGACAUACAGUAUAUUUGUUGCACUUACCACUUCUCACUGCCUUUGACAGCUGAUCAUAUAUUGGGUGGGCAUAGGCAAAGCAUACCACGUAGCCAAUCAGCAGCAGCUGUUAUCAAAGCAGAAUUUAGAUGUAAAAAAUACUGCUGCUUCUUUUGCAGUCCCCUCAUUCAAUACCAAAUAAAAAGUAGCUGUGUGUAGUAAUUGGUCCUUAGCUAACUGGGUUACCUGCAUGGUUCACUCUGAUGUAAAUAGAUGUUCUAAAAAAGGUAAAUUGCAUGUUUUUUUUCUUAAAUUAUAAUUUAAUCCUCAGACUAUGUGCAAUUAUCUUUAGUCUCUUGCUAAGGAAAUAUUGAAAACCAGGUUUGUGACUUUGUCAAAAUAACUGGUUUAAAUACUCACAGCCAAGGCACUCUGUUGGUAGCCUUUCCUUCUUUUGAAUGUACAACAAAGAUAAUAAUGAUAACACUUAACAAAUAUCUUGUAUAGUGAAUUACACUUUUAUCUAGACACAGCAUAUCUGGUUUAUGGAUUAGUGUACUGUGUGACACAGCUUCAAAACUUUGGAAAUCCAAACACACUAUAUCGACGUCUUCACUAUCAUCCAUAAUUUUUGUAACAAUGUCAGAACUCAAUAAGGUAUGUCUUGAAUGAUUUGCCUGCUGUGAAUUCAUGAUGAUUUUAUCUUUUUAUAACUCUUAUGGUAUGCUAUGCUUUAUCUCUCAAAACAGCUUACAUUAAUUUUCUCACUGCUGUAGUCAAAAUGGACUAUAUUUCCCAGACUCCUCUCCUUUUAAACAGCAAUAACACAGUAGCAAUAUCCCAGCUUCUCUGGAUCUGUUUCUAACAUGAAUUAAUAACUAAAAAAUUAAGUUAAAGACGUUUUCCUCUCGUACAGCUCGUUACAUAUUAUUUAAAAAUUUUAUAAUAUCUUAAAAUCCUUACCCAAUUGUUCUAUCUCCCGCUCUUACGCAAUGCUUAUGUUUUCUUUUAUAUCACUGCUUAAUGUCAUUGCAAAUUGUACUUUUUGACAUAUUAGUGCAAGACAAAAAUAAAGAAUAAUAAUAAUUUUAAAAAAAUUUAGGUUUGAAUGACAUGUACAUAAGGGUACCAUGAUUCACAAUUUAAUGAAAUCCAUACAUCAUCCUUUGUAAUAAGUUAUUUUCAUGCGAGUUUGCUAGGGACUAGUUAAUAUGCAUUGAGUAGAUAUGUGUGACAAUCUUCAUUGAACUAGAUAGUAGCCAGAGAAUAAGGAUUUCUAUAUGUAGAUUAUAGAAUGUAGAGGAUGAACGUUGUCCUCUGGCCUAGAUAAAUAUAUAUUGACAGUCAGGGUUCUUAUUUUGGAAUCCCAGAAGCCAGACCUUUUUAAUGUCAUCCUACCUCUCCCACAGAAAGCAGUGCGAUCUCUAAAGCUAUUGGUUGCGCAAAAGCAGUGUAUAAAAAAACAAGGAACAAUUCGGUUCCUGAAUUCGGUAUCACUGAAGUCAUAGCUAAGUGUAUGCACACCAGUGUAAUGUAAAAUAUAAACAAAGAAAACAUAUAUGGUAAUAUGAUAUGAAUAGAUAAAACAAAGAGCAAGAGAACACCUACUGAAAAAUAAGUGCUUCAAUACAAAAGCGCAAAAUAAAUAUUAUGGCUGCCUCUGGUCGCAUUGACAGCCUCUUCAGAAACCACUUGAUGUGUCUGUAUAAAUGUCAAGAGGAGAUAUCAUGGGAGAUUAUACAAGUAUGAAUAUAGAUGGUUACAAGUGGAAAUCACAACUCCAGUAAUAAAAAUUAAUCUUAUUCCUCCCAAUUCCUCCCAGUCUAAGAAGUAAUAACAUAAUCAGAAACAAAAAAAAACAUGAUAUAUUCAGUGCCUUGCCAAGUAAUGCUGAUAUAUUAUCUAUAAAGCAUGGCAAAUAAACCAGGGCACCAUAUUUGUCCCUCAGCCAUGACCCACCCAUAUAUCCCAAUACGACACAAACAGAUUGGUACAGCUAGGGACAAACAUGGUGCCCAUAGAUGUGCCAAGUAUUUGUAGGUAAAAUGUAUUCUCAACCAAAAUGAUUAUGAGUUAAAAUAAACCUAUUUAAUGCACAACAUUAUAUAUAUAUAUAUAUAUAUAUAUAUAUAUAUAUAUAUAUACAUACACACACACACAUACAUACAUACAAUUAUUAAUAUACAUAUUUACUGGAAUUGUGAUUUCCACUUGUAACCAUCUAUAUUUAUACUUGUUUAAUCUCAAUAUCUCAAUAUUUGUAAGAGAUAAUAAAACUACAUUUAAAGAUCAUUAUACAUUUCAUAUUUAUUUUUUGUUAUACUGGAGACCAAACGGAAAAGAUUUUUUUUUUUUAAUUUAUAUCCAAUUUCAAUACAUUUUCUUGUUUUUGUUAGUAUUCAUGUUCCACUGAGUAGUUUUUUUUUUACAAGGGGAGGCUGGAGACCUAAACAUUUAACAGAGUACUCAAAUGUUAGGAAUAAACAUGUGUAUUCCUAGCGCUACAGGGUUCCUUUGAGUGCACACUUGCAUUAUGUUUUUUUCCAUUUCAAGCAGCAUUACUCUGUUCUAUCUAUCGCUAGAUAUUGGAUUUCCACAUAUUUGGAAUGUUACUCUGAAGUGCAUACAUUUAGCCAUCACUUCUUUAUCACUUCUUUAAGUGUUCAUCAUUUGCUGCCGAUUGUUUUGGUGGACAUUGGUAGUCUAUUAUUAUACUUACUCAUGUGCUUGUGUACAAUUAAUUCUAAUUAUCUCUACAUUUUUCUGCUGGAUUUAUAUUUAAUGAAAUAGCCAUCUGAUGCUAUAAGAGCUCCUGACACACAAUAUUAUCUGUUUUAUCAGCACCCACAGCAAAGUAAUUAACCAUCUACAGUCCCAAUAGUUCCAGGUGAUCAAGAACUCCAUAUUUGAGGUGAAUCAGUCACAUGAGAGAUACCAGUGUGACUCGGGGGACCUGUCAUGUCCCAAACUACUAAUGCUCUUUUGAAGUAUCAUCUAUACAUUGUGAUAGCAGAUUUGCUUGGAAAUGUACUGGUUGGGAGAAAACCCUUUUUAAAAUUGGUAUUUCUCCCACCUGUAGAUUGACUGAAAAUUGAGAGCAGAAAAGACAUGAGGUCCUUCUACUUUCCCAAGCAUAGCAACCACUGAGCAUGUGCUGUGGUAUCUAUGGAAACUACCUAGCUGACAACGAAGCCAGCAUGUCGGCACCACACACAACGUUUUCACACAAAGAGGACACACAACGUUUUCACACAAACAGGAGUUAGUGUCCCCAAGCAGAGGAAAUCACAGAUGUCUGGAGGAGCAGAGGACAGAAUGGAGUUGGGUGUUACACGAAGAGUAACACUUCAUGAAGCUUAGAACGUGACGGCGAUGGAACAGAGGUGAAUAUAUUUUUAUAUUUUACAUUAAAUACAUCCUGCUUUUCUGCGAUACCUAAUUGAUUUAAUGUAUUUGUAACCGAUUUAAGUCAAGUCACAUUUUAGUGCAAUACCUGCUACAUAAGAAUGUCAUAAUUAAAUGUAACUCCCAAUAAUAAAGACAAAUUAAAAACAUGUUGAGCCUCCUGUACACAUUGUUGAAGUAUAACACACAGAAACAUUUAGCACAAAGUAUAUACCAUAAAUUAGGAUAUGUGCCUAAUAUAAAAUAUAUUUAGCUGAGUCAAAACCAGAGCACUGGAGACAAAUAUAAUAAUAUUUAAGUGUAUUAUAUUAUCUCAGUAGAGUGAGAUGAUUUUUGCAUAUUAAUGAGCCAAUUUGAUGAGUUAGGAUUUUACAUGGAAGGUGCUAUAAAGUCUCCCUGGAUUCUUUUCCGCUGUUGGUUUGUUAGUCAUAAACAUGUCUAAAGGGAAAAAAAAACAUCACAUAAAUCAAUAUGGAAUUAAUUCAAAGGAGGUUAUCAUUGAUUGUUGUUCAGUCUCUUUAUUAUGGCAGUGUUUUGUAUUUCAUGUUCGAUUUUUGGUAGUGUGUUUAAUGUGAAUGAAAAGCUGGGUUAGUCAACCAACAAACCGAUGUACAGAAUACAAUCUAAAAUGGUCAAGCUGCAAAAUAUGUACAUUCCUAGUUUUUCUUGUUUUUGUUUUAUUAAAUGACGAUAUGGUACCAAAUACUGGAAACUGGUCAACCUAUUUUAUAGAACCUUGGGCUUGUUUUAAAAGCGUUUCAAGUGAUUUAAUAUUUUCAGCUAAGUGUUUUAAAUGAUUUAAUAUUUUAAAUUUUUUUUUACAAUUAUAUAUAUUUUUUUAUAUGUUGAUAUAUUUUUGAUAUAUUAUUUAUCACUUUUCUUUUUCUUCAAGUUCAAUUACAAUAUAAGUAUAUAAAUAUAUUCAAAUUCCAAUUGUAUUUCUUUGUAUAUUAUUACAAACAUAAAUUGUAUUUAAACAGUCAAUACUUGAUAUAUUUUAUUUAGAAUAGUAAGAAUUUUGGAAAAAAAACUUGUAAUGCAAACAAUGCUGUGUACUACCUACGCAAGAUAAUUAUUUUUAAAAUUAGCUUUAAUUUGAACUCACUAAUAUACUUUCACAUGUGUGAAUUUUAUAUGAACAUAAUCUUGUCUCCAAAUGAGAAAAAUGUGUAAUUUCUUAAAGGUUUUUGUCAUAGCAGGCUAACACAACAUGACCCUUUCCUUAAAUUAAAACCUGUGCAAUCAAAUUAGCAUUCCAUUUUAAUAGCUGUACAGCAUACAUACAAUACAAUCAUGCUCGUAAAAGUGGGAAUCUACUUGGAAGAAGCAAAUGUAAAUUUGUGAAAAACGUAAUACUUGAUUCAAUUGUUGUACUAGUAGAGUAGGCCCUUAACAGCAACUUAAUGAAUUAACAAAUAAGAUAAUUAUACUGAUUGAAAAGAGUGUGAGUCUAUGUUACAAAUAAUGAGUAUAGUUUAGAACGCAACAUGACCUCGUGAUGAAAACUGUAUGGUGAAUAUAAUAUUACAUUAGUGCACUUUGGGGAAUACAGUAUUUAAACAUUAGACGCAUAGGAAUAAAUAAAAAAAAAAAGUGUAAUGCAAUUAGAAUUUUCAACUUCUAUUCACAUCAUGAAAAACAUUUUCUCUCCCAUGGCGGUCAUUUACAUCAUCCCCUAUUAUGUUUAAUUAGGUUUUAAAUAUGCUAUACAAAUGUUGUUGUUUAGGGUAUAUCAAUCAUUGUGUAAUCUUUUAAUGCAAAUCAGAUUUUAUUUGCCAUCUAACAUCAAUUAACUUGUACAAAAAUAUUAACCUUUUUUAUUUUCUGUGUUGAGUUUUUGCAAUUAAUAGUUUAUUUAGGCAUUUUCAAAUUCAGGUCAGGUUGACAAAACUAAAAUAAUGAUUCUGGAACUGAAAGAAAUGUUCAAGACCAUUAUUAACAUGUUGUAUAUGUAUCUUCCCCAUUAUUCAUUUUUUUAUUUUGUUUUUUGUGUCCCCCAUACACAUACAUAUUUUGUUUUUUUUAGUUUCCCGAAUCUUCUAUUUUUGGCCUUUUGUGUUUGUAUUUUCCUGCUUUCUCUGUGUAUGGGCCACUAGGUACUGAGUGAGAAUAAGAUCCCUAAAUGCAGAUAUAAGCAAGGGAUUGAAGGAAGUAUUCCCAAACCUUAGAGCCAUUGGGCUUAACUUGAAAGAAAGACACCAGGAUGUAACUAACUAGGCAAAACCGCUUACAAGCCAGUGUCUGGAUUCCUGAAAUCAGAUAGUCAGACAAGCCAAAGUCAGGGCAUGCAACAAGCAGGAAAGAUCAAAAACAAGCUUGGUCAAGAUCAGUAAAACAGGACCACUGGACACCAAGCUCAAAACCCAUCGAACAGCGCAGUAAGGACUACAAACUGGCAAUGAGUCUAAGGAACGUUGGUUCUUAAGGCCUAUUAAGGCCUAUGCCGAUGAUGUCCCAAGAACAUGAUCUUGAGUCAAAUUACUUGCCAAAAGUAGAAUCAACAAAUGAUACAGCCUUACAGGCGUCAAGAUUUUUUAAUAGUGGAUAACACAAAAGGACAAGACGUGUGUAAAAAAUAACGCAGACUUGUGUCAAAAUAAGUAGUGACCGGUGAGAAUCAGGUUAAUGGUGCAUAGAAUACGCUGCACGCAGGUAAUACUUGACACCCUGUUUGUUUUUUCAAACUGUUUGGGAGUUUGCAUUGAACUGGGAUUUUAACCUUUAAUUACAAGUCAUUUUGUAAAGAAACACAGCGUACAAAAAUGUACAAAGUUGUAGUAAAUUACAUCUGUAUUGAAAACUGUUUAUUUGUAAUGCUGUACCUUCUGUUAAAAAAAAAUAAGCUAAGCUUUAAUUACUUUAUUAUCAAUGUUUAGCUCACUAAGGGUUUUCUAAAUGCUAAUUUACAUAUUAUGUAUUUAUUUAUUUGCGCAGGAAAGCCUUUUACAUUGAAAGAGAAAUCUUUGUCACAAAGAAGUCAUUAAAGGUACAAGACAGCUCAGCUAGCAUCAUACAGCAGAAAACAAGUCAGAGUGGUUAUCGCUGUUACUGGACUGUAAGUAACAAACUGGACUGCUUAACUCAUAAAUAACCUGCAUGUAGUGAAUUCUUAACUGUAUAUCAGGUAAUUGUGUUAACUAUUUAAAUGUAUAGCUUCUUUGAAUGUUUUUUUCUUUCAUAUCACAUAUAUAUAAAAAUAUUUAAUUUUCUUUGGAGGUGCCUUGACCACUAUGAUGAUUACAGUAAUAAUAAUAUAAAAAUAUUAAAAUUUCUUUGGAGGUGCCUUGACUACAAUGAUGAUUCCAGUAAUAAUAUAAUAAUAAUAAUAAUAAUAAUAUAAAAAAUAUUUAAUUUUCAUUAGAGGUACCUUGACCACUAUGAUGAUUACUGUAAUAAUAAUAAUAAUAUAAAAAUAUUUAAUUUUCUUUGGAGGUGCCUUAACCACUAUGAUGAUUACGGUAAUAAUAAUAAUAAUAAUAAUAAUAUAAAAAUAUUAAAUUUUCUUCGGAUGUGCCUUAACCACUAUGAUGAUUACAGUAAUAAUAAUAAUAAUAAUAAUAUAAAAAUAUUAAAUUUUCUUUGGAGGUGCCUUAACCAAUAUGAUGAUUACAGUAAUAAUAAUAUAAAAAUAUUUAAUUUUCUUUAGAGGUGCCUUGA